AGAUAAAUAAAUGGCAGACUGAAACGUAACAUACCACCAGAAGCCGCGUGCUGUUAUAUCCGUGGAUAUGCUUUUACAUGUAACUCAUGUUAACUGGCUCUUCGAAAACACAUUUGCUGCAUGCACUGUCGCCAUUUAAACCUCAUGUUACCCACUGGAUUACAUGCUCCUGUUUUUUAUACAUAUAUUUAUAUAUUUUACGUGGAUGCAAGUUUGUAAGCAACAUUGUGACCAAAAAAAUAUACAUUUUAUCAAAACCAUUUGAGAUCAUAAUAUAAUUAACUGUAAAUGGGCACUUUGUAAUACACGUUGCACGCCUUCACUUCAUAUACAUUUCAGAUAUUUUUUUCUCUUUUACAAGAGGCUUAUAUGCAAACUGAAAUUUUGGAAACCGGAUACAAACAUGAUGUGGUGAUGCAAUCCUGUGCAUAUUACUAGAAAUUAAUUAUUUCUACUUUAAUGGCAUAAUGAUAACUCUUAGAAGUUGAAGGUUGAGCAAACCCUUUGUUGUGGCUUUUUGUUUUUUUGCGGAGAGUGAAAAAAUGGGGGAAGAUGGGAGUCCCCCGCUGAAAAAGGUCGCUAAAGAAAUGGAUCUCACUGUUGAUGUUUCAAAUGUUGUAAGCAAGGUGAUAACAAUAAAAAUGGAGGUAGACGAUUAUAAAGAUACGUGUGGAGAGGAGAACACGGACAGUGUUAAAUCUAGUGGUGUUCCAGCCUGCACAUCUUCUGAGCUAAACCCAGGACUCAAGCACACGUUGGCGCAGUUUAACCUAAGCAGUCGAAGUUCGUUAGGUGGGCCUGCUGCUUUUUCUGCCCGAUUUUCCCUAGAAAAUAUGUCCCCUACAGUGUUCUUGCCACUUCCUUCUCCUCAACUUCACCCUGGGCCCCUUCUUAUCCCAUCAGACAGUUCGACAGAGCUGACACAGACUGAACUAGAGGGUGAAUCAAUAUCUUGUUUUAUGGUGGGAGGAGAAAAAAGACUUUGCCUUCCUCAAGUCUUAAAUUCAGUUCUUCGGGACUUCUCGCUUCAGCAGAUUAACAUCGUUUGUGAUGAAAUGUACAUUUAUUGUUCGAGGUGCACUUCAGACCAGCUUCACAUACUAAAGGUUUUGGGAAUCCUUCCAUUUAAUGCUCCCUCCUGUGGACUCAUCACCUUGACUGAUGCUCAAAGACUAUGCAAUGCUCUUUUGCGGCCACACACUUUCCCACAAAAUGGUAGCUUGCUGCCUGCUAAAAACUCUUUGGCGCAAUUAAAGGAGACAGGUAGUGCCUUUGAAGUUGAACAUGAUUGUUUAGGAAAGUGCCAGGGUUUAUUUGCACCUCACCUCUACACUCAACCAGAUGCCCCCUGUAUUCAGUGUUUGGAGUGCUAUGCGAUGUUCUCCACACAGACAUUUGUCAUGCACUCUCAUAGAUCCCCAGACAAGAGAACCUGUCACUGGGGCUUUGACUCUGCCAAGUGGCAUUGCUAUAUUCACCUGAGUUCAAAGCAGUUGGAAUCACCUGAUGGGAAAAAGCUCAAGGUUCUAUUGAAGGAAAUGAAAGAGAAAUUCAGUAGAAAGAAUCAGCCUAAGAGGAUACAGCCAAAAGUAAGUCUUUUUUUUAUUUUUGUGCCAGAUUUGGUAGUAACAAUUUCAAUCCGAAUUGAUAUACUUGAGCCAUAAUUGGUGAUGUACAAUACUAAUGUUCCAUUGUAACUAAUGCUGCUGAAAGCAGGCUUUUUUUAUUUUUGUUUUGCUUGCCAUUCUGGUAUAUUGAGUGAGAUUAUUAAAAAUCAGAAAUUAGACCGUUUUAGGGUUAUUUACUAAAGUGAGUUAAAAGUGUAAAUUAAAUGUAAACUUAAAAUUUAAGGACAACUGGAAAUAUUCUCCAAGUCAGCUAUGAAUUCAGUUCACCCAUUUUGGCCUUUAAAUGUGAAAUUUACUUUAAAUUUCUGUCUCACUUUAGUAAAUAACCCUAAAGUAACAUUAGCUAGACUAAGCAGUUUAGGUAUAUACAUCCAUACCCUUGCAGUCUCACUGCUCUAUUUCUGCCAUUUAUGCAGCCCUAGCCACACCUCCCCAAGCUGUGACUAACACAGCCUCUUGAACAGACUGGUUUCAUUUUCAAUCAGAUCUUGUUUACUUUAGAAGUUCUUAUUGCCUGCUCUUUUAACUGAACGUUAAUCCCACUAGAGGCUUCUUCAUGCCCUAGCAGGCUAUUCACAAAACAGGAGAUGAGAAAAUCUCAAUGAAACACACUGCAAUAAAGGAAGUUUAAAAACUAGAUCUUUCUUUAUAGGAAAUGUGUAUGGAGGCUGUGUCGCAGAUAGGGGAGGCUUGGCUAGGGCUGCAUAAACAAAGUGAUUUUACUCUUUGCAGAGAACUGAGCAGUGAGACUAGAGGGGCAUUAUCAAACACCAAAAUCACUGCAAUAAGCUAAAUUGUUUUGGUCUUUAGAAUGCCCCUUCAAUGUAAUAACAAGGUCAGUACAGGGUGAUAUACAGGAACACGAGAUGUCUGCAGUUUUAUAAUUCAUAUAAUGCUAUAUGAUAUUAUUGUUGUAAAAAUGAUUAUCCUUUGUCUAAUGUCAGCACUUGUCAAAAAAAAAAAUUGUUUGUGGAAAGCCUAUACAAAUUUAUAGAGCUGUUAAUCCUUUAUAUCAUUUUUAUUUAUUUUUUUCAUGUCAGUUUAUAAGAAAAGAUUUUUUUAGCUUUCUUCUUUUCGAUGAACUGAUGCAAUGCAUGAGCCCAUUUAUUCAGAAUGCCUGGAUAGGUGCACAUGUGCAUGAAUAAGAAGGGUAACGAUUGCUCUGUUACGCUUUGAACCAAUGCAGCAUCCUACCUGUCACCCUAUCAGUCUUUGAGACAUCUGCUUAUUGUAUGCUACAGUUGGAUUAGGACUGUGUGUCACUGUCACAUAGCUUGAGAAAAUCAUGAAAUCCUGUGCCUCAGCCCCAAGCAAAAGGAAUUUAAAAGCUUAUAUUUCACUGGAGAGAUUGCCAUGCUUAUUAAUCUGUGGCAGCCAGAUGUUGUGGGUCAUGUGUUCUUUAUUUUAGAAUAUAGUGUUUACAUUUUAAUCUAAUGAAGACAUACUUGAAUGGGGGAACAGAACAAAGGAAUUGGGGUUCUCAGGGAUGGAAUAUUCCAAAGAUUUUCCUCUGUAGUUUUUCAGCAUCCUUUCAGAGGCUUAUCUAUUCUCCAACUCCAGUUAUUGUUACCGCUUCCAUCCCUUCUCCUCUUCUGUCUCCCAAUGCAGUCAGACCUGCUCUGUUUCAUAUAGCCAUGUUUUAACCUUACUUUACUCCUCUCUGUUGCCAUUGCAACCCAACCUAUUCCACAUCUCAUAUCUCUUUACACAUCCCUCAUCACUGUUUUUCCUCUAUAUCUUUUUUUUAUUCUUUUCUGUCUUUAAAGUUAUUUUCAUCCUCUCUACGUUCCUGUACCUUUUUUAGUUUUUUUUUUAAUAUAUAUUUUUUUGUGUGUGUGGUUUAUUCACUAAACUGGGAAAUGUAUGACACGAAUUGUCAUAGUGUACAUUUUGGGUCAAGCUUGAAAUAUACCUGAGCUAAACCGUUUUUCCAGCUCUGGUUUUGUGACUAAACGUGUUUUAUUUAUUUUUUUGUUGUUUUUUUUUUUUCUGUUUGCAUUUUCUGUUUGACCUAUUGUCUAAUAUCUUGUCUCUUCAACAUAUUCCCAGCAGCUCUUCCCUGCAACAUUCAUUUGUGUUCUCCUGAUGUCUCUCCUUCUGCUUUUUGGCUUUUGGCUCUCAGCCCAUCUGUAAAAGUGCUAUUACCCUGCCCCCUCCACUUUUCUAUCUAAACCUAUCUCAGUUGAAAUCUGGGGCUUCCAUCAAUUUGAAUGGCUGUAUCAUUUUAGUCCAGUGUUAUUAAUACAAUUUAAACAAUUUAUUCUCGUUGUGUAAAAUAAAAAGAUGGAUGAGCGCAUAUAAAACUCAGGCUAUUUUGGUUGCCUUAGUGUAAUAUGGAUAUGUUCAAAUUAUCAUAUUUUCUUUUUUCCUCUGAGAUGUUUUUAAUGCAGCUUUUGAAAUUUAUGUAAUUGGCUUUUAAGGCUUGGGUAAGCACCCAUAUUUGAGUCCCCAUGCUAUUUCAGUGGGUACCAAGCCCAGAGGUUGGAUGUUGUGCCUCAUAUUUCAAUCUACACGAGUCAAUUGGCCACAGUACAUUGUUAACUGUAGCAGCAUUGUCUUUCCCGGUCCAGUAGAGCCCUCUGGCUUCAUAUAGAGUCUAAUUAAGGUAUUCUGCUAAAUGUAUUUAAUGUUAAUUAUAUUACAGUGAAGAAUGACUGGCUGAGUUAAUUUUACCUUGAAAAAUGGAUCUCUUGGCUAAUGCGGUGUAAGUGAUUUGGGUCUCUCUCCACAAAGAUUAAGAACCGUUGAUCUAUAUCAUGCGUGUUAUGGAGCUAGGCUGACUCCUUUGGAUAUUGUGUGUAUUUGUUCCCAGUUAAAAAAUUUUUGGUACUGUCUCUGCUUUACAGCUGAGGUUCCUGGUAGCUGAGGGUCAUCCCUGGUAGUCUAGUGGAGGGAUUGUGGCUUGAGCUGGGUCCAUGCAGGCAUACGUUUUGUGCUGCAUUUAAUAUUGAAUGCCUGGAUAUAAGAUUUUAUCCCAGUGUCCUAUAAGCUUUGGUUUCACAUUUAACAAUGCAGCAAUGGAUACAGGUCUGUGCCAGGAGCUGCAUGCAUCUCUAAAAUGCUUGGAAUACUUAGAGAAGACACUUGGUAGAACAGAUCUCUUCUCUACCACUGGACCUUAACAUCCAUGCUAGUUGGUAAAGAUUUUUUUUCCCCUUUAAUUAAACAUUUAAUUGCUUUAACUCUAGUUCAUAUAGUUUCCCCAGAUUGUAGUUUUACUCAAUGGGUUAUUUAUUUUCAUGGGGAAGAAACAACAUUCAUUGUUUAAAAAAGCUGGUCCACUAUCCCCGUCACCCUGGGGAACUCUACCCUAAACACGACUGCUCCACCCGCCCCAAAUAUCAAGGUGGGGGAAACAGGGAAAAGGAAGUCACAUACUAACCCCACAACUGGGUUCCUAGUAUCCACAGGCAACCCUGGACAGACACCCACCAUUUGAACAUUGUCUGCUGCUGCCCUGAUUUUGUGUACAUGUACAACUAUGCUAUGAAAAGAAUCGUGUAAAUGUCAUGGAUACCGUGCACCAACCCCCCCCCCCCUCCCCUUUUUUUUCCCCAGUAAUAAUUACCACAUAUAUAAUUGAAAAAAAAAAAAAAAGCUGGUCCACAGCAUUUAGAGUAAUAAACAUAAAAUGUCUACAAGGAGAAAUGGUCCACAUGUUACAGGUAUCUACCCCUUAGGCUAUUACAUACAAUGCACAUUUACUAAAAUACUUCUUAAUAAUAUAAAAUAAAAACUUGAUACAAAUUAAAUCAAUUUCUGAAAAAGUGCUUUUAUCCUCAAUAUUCCCCUUAAGAGUCCUCAUUCACCUAUUCCACUGUGUAUAUUUAUUUACACCAUUUUACAUGCUCUGGAAAGUCCUUUUUGGGUUGAGGUUGGGUUUGGGUUGUUUGUCUAUCUUUCGUAUUGAUUUGUCAAAAUAUAGAGAUUUUGGUUUAGUAUAACUAAAAGAAACUUUUUUUUUUUUUUUUUACGUUUCAAAUAAAUGAAAUUCAUAUAGGGUUUGCGGAGAACCACAUUUUCCUUGUGUAUGUUCAUGGUAUAUUACUCUGUAAAGUCUCAAACUGUAAUAAUUGACUGUGCUCUGUAAGUGGUUUAACACGUUGGUGAUUGAUGACUUUGAACAAAAUCCAUUGUGUAAUUAUUUUGAAAAGUCUUUGAUAACUAGCCUAUACAUAUUUGUAUACCACAUACAUUGAGCCUUGUGCAGUGCAGUGCAAAUACCCGCUCCUGUUCAUUUUGUUAUUUUUUAUUUUUUAUUUUUUUUAUUCUAUUUGAGGGUGCCUAUAAUUUUCAAAGCAAUGAAGAUGGAUUUUAUAGUCAUUCUUGUCUUCAGCAUUCACAAUUCUUAGGAAUAUGGAGAAAUACAUGGAAUAGUAUUGUGGUGUGUUUAUUAAAAUAACCUAUGCGUAAAAAAUGUCUUGUCCUUAUUCCAGUGAGAGCAGCCAUCUUGUCUUCUUUACAAGAAAUUAUGCAGGAGCAUAGCUGCUAAACAUUUAAAUAAGGUGAUAGCUGCCAGGCUUUGUUUAUAUAUUUCAAACUAGCUCACACUUUUAUACAAAGUGCAAAAAAAAAAAGUAACAUUGUUGGGUUUUAUGGAGUACCUGUUUUGCAUCUAUACUGUCUCCUUGGUUCUGUCACCUCUUGGAGGAAAGAGAGGACGUGAAUAUUUUAAGGCUUCUAGUGCUCCGCAAACCUACACAUUUAGCCACCAUCUCAUGUGAAAUCUGGCCCAGUUACUUUGUGUAACAAAUUCAUUACUUGUAGUAUUCUUCCCAUUAUCCACUCAUUCAUUAUACAUUGUACAAUGCACUAGCACUGCAUUUCUUUAUAUGGUUGAGGCUUAUUAACGUUUUCCUAUUUCCUGCUUGGAGGGAGCAGAGGUAUGGCAUGCAGGGGGAUUGAGUAGACAAAGCUGGUAUGUGGGUGUGUGUGUGUGUGUUGAUUGCUAUUGCUAAGAGCCAUUUAAAUACUCUGUGCUAUAUAGUUCUCAUGCGGGUGCUCUAUCUGUUGUUGGCAUCGCUGUGUGUAACCUAGAAGCAGAAUUCCAUUGUAAAAGACUUUUUUGUUUAUAUUUAUUUAUUUUUGCCCAAUAUGACACUGAGUAUUCCUAUGAGUAAGUACUGCUGCUAAGUCUGAAAUACGUGAGGUUUCUUUUUUGGCUACAAUGUGUAAUGCAUUGUACGUGCUAAUAAAGCUUGCAUUGCUUCUCCAGACCAUGCUGACGUGAGCAUUUUUUUUUUUUUUUUAAUUAGUGAAUCUUUUCAUUGUACUGGUGGAGUAUGAUAAGCAGCUUUUACUUUACAUAUUAUUACCAACAUGACCUUAUGAGUCUGUUUGCCAAUAUGCCACUGAGCUCAGUUCAGAGAAUAUAUUAAAGUCCCUAACAUUUAAAGUGCAACUGUCAUGACUUUCACCAAUACACUGUGUAUUUUUUGACUAUAUAGAUAUUUGAAUGUGAUCUUGUCGCUCUCACAAAUUGAAGGUGGCCCUCACUGCUGUACCUCUUUGACUCCGUUCAUUCAUUUAACCUGUGACACAAGAGGAAAGGGACACUCCAGACCCCUAACACACUUUAGUUAGUUUAAAAAAACUUUGUGUGAAGAGUGUGUCCUUUUUAUUCAUUUUGCUAAAUGUGUCAAUUUCUGACACUUUUUUUUUUUUAUGAGUUAACCUGCUAACACUCCCCCUGACUUUCAAGCAGACAACCUGUCCUGUUACUUCCUAGUUUGGUUAGCUCAAUGGACCUAAACUCUGAAGGGGGCAAUUACUCAGAGCACUUGCCUAGCAAAGACUUCUCAUUGGGCUGCAUUGGGAAGUCUGUGAUUGGACAGCCACAGAAAGCCUGGGCGGGGUUAGAAGGGGACGGCUUGCAGAGGCAGCAGGCGAGAACUGCAGGUUUUCUAAGAGCUUUUUAGACAUAUCCAUUAUGAAAAGAUGCAAAAUUAAAAGCAUGUUGUCAUUUGGAGCAUAUCUACUAAACCGUGAUUUUUAUUUGUAGUGUGGCAGUGAAGUGUCCCUUUAAGUAAAUAAACUAAACACUAUACACAACUGAAAGAGCAUGGCAGUGAACGGAAUCAUGGUUUGCUUCACUGAUUCUGUAAAUAAAAAAAUAAAAAAACAAAAAACAAAAACAAGCAAACCUUACAGCCUCUGAGCCACAGGGAAGCCAGGUGGCUACACUGCUGCAGUGCUGAAUUGGAAGCGUAAAACGGAUACUCUGGUCUUUAUGCGUGUUUUUUUUUUUUUUUUUUUAAUUUAUUUUGUAUUUGCAUGCAUCGCUACUCGUUUUCUUUAUUGACUAGAAUGUGCUGAAAUCAAAGACUAGGUUACUUACCUGUGCAGGAUUCACCAGGAGUGAAACCAUAGUAGGAUCAAGGUGCACUGCUUGCUGCUGUCUGAACAACAUGAAAUAUGUUCAAAAGUGAGCAUCUUUCUUCACGGCUGUCAACAUGAAUUUAUCCCAUUUAUGAUUUCUGUGCUCAAAUUUCCAAUAUUUACAAUAAACCGUGCUAAAUUAACAUUAAGUGAAAAGCAAAGAUUGUUUUCAGACCUCUAAAUGUCAAUGAAGAAUGCUACUAAAGGGUUUCUCCAAACUACUUUUUUUUUUAAACCUGUGAAUAAUGCCCUUUUGGCAUUAUUUACCAGGAUGCCCCACUCCGGAACGCUUGAAAAGCAUUCUAAAUGAAGGUUUUGAAAUUAAGCAUAUUUUGGGGGGAAAGAUACAGGUGGAUGACAUCAGUAAUUCUCCAGUUUGUUUAAAAAUAACUGGCUGAGAGAACUUAGCCAGUUCUUUUGUUGAUGUGAAUGUCACUAAAUGAAUAUAAUAACUGGGUAAUGUGCUUAAAACAACUGUAUUCAGGAGUAGUAUAUUAGUCUUGUAGUUUUCAUUUAUCUAUUCCAGGGUUCUCAACUGAUUUCUAACAGAAAUGUUUGUCUGUAUAUCUAUCUGCUUAUUUAUAUACACACCUCCUUCAAAUAAUAGACCAACCAGAGAGAGUACUAUUUAUAUAGUGCCCGCAAGUUCUGUAGCGCUGUACAAUGGGGGAGAGAUGAGGAUAAGCAUGCGCAACGAGCACUGCACGUUCAUUAGUCCUUCUCCAUAGGAAAGCAUUGACUCAAUUGUUACCUAUGUUUUUUUUUUAACAUGAUGGACGUCCUCGUGCAUAGGGUGAGGACACCCAGCAUGAUUUCAGAGUCAAACCCCAUGAAACUGCAUGAAAGUGCCUUUAGUGGCUGUCUGGAAGACAAAACUGCAAUGUUUUAAAUAACAGGCGUAAAGGACCACUAUAGGCACCCCUAGUUUAAACCCUGCAGCUGAAAACCUUACAGUAGGGUAUAUCCAGCCUCUAGUGGCUGUCUCCCUGACAGCCACUAGAGGCACUUCCGCGAUUUACACUGAGUAAAUCGCACUUAUCUGACGUUGGACGUCCUCACAGAGUCCAGCGUCAAAUAGCAACUCCAUAGGAAAGCAUUAAGUAAUAUGCACCCAGACCACAGUCCAUGAGAUGAAGUGAUCUGGAUGUCUGUAGUGUCCCUUUCUCUGUUUCCCUUAUUCUGCUUUACUCUCUUCCAUUGUCUUAUUUCUAUUUUAUCUGUUUGUCAGUCCUUUCCAAACUACUCUUAAGUCACACUCUCAGCUCCCCAACCCUUUUACAUGACCCUCAGCUCUUUCAUUUCUGUCUCCUAUAUGAAUUUCUACUGUGUUUUCUUAUCUCUCCCUUAUCUAGUACUUCUUCUACCCAGGUAUGGCUGUUUCUCAGCCCUUUUCCCCUUGUUUAUUUCUAAUUUAAAAUAGCAGUCUAUGAAUGUUAAAUCACUUUAAAAAAACAAACAAACCAAUUUUUAUAUGAUUCUGCUCUCUUACUUGUUUUUGAGAUAUGGGGGUUCACCCCUGGCAGUGUAGUGGCAGAAACAAGAGAACUGUUGAUCACUCAAUUAAUUAUUUCUCUCCCUGCUCCUUCGCGUCCUGCUGUGUGGGGACUUUAAGAUUGAUAGUACUGGGAUAUGACAACCCUCAUAUCCCUGCGGUAGUAAUCCAAAGUCACUCAAGGGAGGGUGGAAGUGCAGAGAGAGAAAGAACUGAAGGGGCUAAUGCUCAAUUUUCACAUUCAUGUGUUCAUGGCAUCAGGUGGCAGGAGUACUCCAGUUUUCCCUAAUAUCAUUGCAACUAUGAUGUGCCAGCACAACAUAUGAGUAUGGUGUCCCCACAGCAAUAGAAUCCUGUGGUCCUUAUAUUUGGGCCUCAUGUUUGACACCCUUGAUCUACUCCAUAAAGUAAAACGUAUGUGGUAAAAUCAUUCCUAAACUAAGACAUUUUAGCAAAUAUGACACUUAUGUAUGUUUUAGAUUUUCUAUAAAAAUGCCCUCAGGCAACAUCUUUACUGGCAUACACAAUAACAAAAAAAUUAUAAUCUGUUCUUAUCAUGAAAUUGCCACCAGAACUAUUAUUUUCAUACUGCUAUCUUCUCAUGAGAAGCUGCCACAAGCUGUGCCUAUUCUAUUCUAACAUAUGCACAAUAAUAUAGUUUUGCCUGCACAGGAAAUCCCGAUAGAUGCCUGAAUCUAGCAGGGUCCUCCUUUGUAGAUACUUAGAAUUACAAAUUUACAUCAAUGGUUGGCUCAUUAGUUGAUAUGCUAAUAAUAGUCCCUACUUUAAGUAUAUUUUAAAAUAUAAAUAUUUUAAUGCAAGCAGCUGACAGUUAAAAACAGCCAAGUGACAAGUCCAAUUUAAUAAUGAAACACUGUUAUAUAAAGCCCGCUGUUGGUUAUAACCUAUGUACUACCCUUGCCAUGUUCCUCAGUAAUGAAGCAAACCUUUUUCAAACGGCUUGCCCUUUUACAUCGGUACCAGUCGGGCACUGAGAGUCCUGUAUGGCCAGUGACUUGAAUCCAUCUUCUGCAGAACUGCUAGAUGAGGAUCCAGUCAGCCAUUAAUUGGCUGACCGCGUUACCUGACUGCUCUAGGCCAAUGAAUGAUAUUCUGUUCAUAGAAAUGCUUGUUCUAGGCUGGUUAAUGUCCCCUUCGGCAGCAAAGGGAUUAAUGGGUAGUCUCUGUAUGCCCUGUGUUUCAUAGCAAAAUGCUGCAUACAGGCUCCAGGCACCAUGACUGCUUUGAAUCACUAAAGUUGUUAUGGUGCUUCUAGUAACCUUUUGAAUGGUGUUUGUUUUUUUCAAACAGUGGUACUGUUGUUCAAGGUAAUUUGCAUAUGCACGUUACGAUUAAAAUACUGACUAUACUUGUAUUUUGUGAAAAAUGGACAUUUAAAAAAAUUACUCCAACUAUUUUAUUAUUGUUAUUGGUUUGGCAAGCCAUUCUUAAAUUUAAUAUACCCAGUGACCCAUUCAUCAUUUAUUUUUCAUACCAGCAUUCAUGCUGUUUCAGUAGCCAACCUAUUGGUAUCUAGUUAUUUCUAGUAUGGAUUACUGUAAUUCUCUCCUAGUUGUUCUCUCCAGAAGCCCUACUGCCCCGCUACAAUCUGUAAUGAAUACUGCCACCCGGCUGAUAUUUUGCUCCUGUCGCUCCUCUCAUACCUCUCACCCCUCUGUCGAUCCUUACACUGGCAUCCUGUAUGCUAUAGGAUUCAAUUCAAAAUCCUAACCCUUACCUAUAAAGCCCUAAACAACUCUAGCCCCUGUUACAUUUCCACACUGAUUUGUAGAUAUGCCCCUUCUCGGUCUCUCCGCUCUGCCGGUGACCUUCUCCUGUCUGCUGCUCGCACCCUCACUGCUAAUUCACGCUUGCAGGACUUGUCACAGGCUAUUCCUUUCCUUUGGAACAGCCUGCCCACUCCCAUCAGACUCUCCCCUAGUCUUCAAUCUUUUAAGAAGGUCCUCAAAACCCAUCUCUUUUAAUGCUUAUGGCCUCCCACAGUAAGUUCUAUAUCACAAAUCUGUCUCUUGCUCUCUCCUAAAGAACCAUACUCCACUGUCACCUCCAGUUCUGCUACUUCCUAUUGUGUCUUGAUACUGCACUCAUUUAGACUGUAAACUCGUUCCUAUUGUUCCCCUAUCAUUUUGUAAUUGUCUCAGUUAUUGUUAAAUUUCCCUCUUUCACAAUAUUGUAAAGCGGUGCAGAAUAAGUUGGCGCUAUAUAAAUACCAAUAAUAAUAUUGUGGGCACUUGGCUGGUGCCUGAUUAAUAUGUAUUUAUUCCAUUACAAGGAGACACAAAGAUUGACACAGUGACUGCAUUUAUUGUCCUGGCCCAGAAGUUAAGUAUCAUUGACUUACAUAAUCAGAGUAUAAACAAAUAAAGCCUUGUGAGUCUUACCUGUAUUCACCCUUGCCGCCACCUGUCUCCAAAAAUAUUUAUCACCAUCAUAUAUCACAAUAUUUUCCAAAUCAGAGGGACAUUCCACAACAAUGUUUUCGUAUUCCGUUUAACAGUAAGUACAAUCUGUUACAUAAAAAACAUUAAAGGAUAAUAGCUGUCAAGUUUGAUUUCUAAUUCUAAUAUUGAAAAUGUUUUCUUUUAACUUGUGUUUAGAACUCUAUUUUGCUGGUAAACAGAGAGCUAAAUCUUGCUAUACAGAUUACAUCCUGCUGAUUGUAUAAACAGAUGUCUUUGGGAGGGGUGGCCAACUCACUGACAGUGUACAGUUAUCAAAGAGAUGUUGAUUAUACUGUCUUCAGCACAAGCUAUUAAAAAUACAAUAAAAAAAAAAAAAAAAAACUAUGCAAAGUCAGAACAUGAAAUUAAAUGUGACUUCAAAACAGCUUUAAAGCGGCACUGUCAUGCCGAACUUACCUUUCCUCAAUCUCUUCCUCUUCUCCCCCUCUCUCAGGAUCUGUUCUUCUUUUCUUCCUGUCUUCUUUAGUUUUCUUUAAAAUCAUAAGACAAAGUAGGGACUCUUUGCCUUAUGGAGGAUUCCUCCGCUUGACCAGCUCUGACCAGCGGAGGAGCAAAGUGUGCUUCAUUUCCGCUGGUCAGAGCAAUGUUCCCAUGAUCCUUACCUUCCCUCUGUGUUCCCACAAUGCUUCCUGUCACUUUACACAAAACUGCCGAAUUGCGUUCUAACUGAAUGAGAACAGUAUGUUCGUUUCUUUUAGAACGCAAUUCGGCACUUUAUUCGGAUCGGAAUUUCAUUCUAAUGAAUGAAACUCCGAUCCUAUUCAUUGCCGUGGCUGCAUCUUGCAGCCGCUUAGUAGAUAACUCCCUAAUUCCCACGGUAUCAGGGAGCUAUCGACUAAAAGGCUGAAAGACCUAAAUUGGUCUAACAGCCAACUUUACUAAUACUAAGUAAAGCUUACUUAGUAUUAGUAAAUAAUAUGCCCCUACUCGCUAUACCGCGAGUAGGGGCAUGUGUAGUAAACAGUGAGCAGCUUAUAGCUGCUCACUGUAAAAUAAAAAACUAAUAACCCCCCCCCCCCCAUGCCCGUGGGGGCCCUAAAUAAAGAUGGGGGGGACCUACUGUCCCCCCCUGGCCCCCACCCCUGAGCGGUGGGUGCCCUAAAUAAAGAUAUGGGGGGGAACUUCUGGUCCCCACCCCUGCGUGGUGGGUGGGGGCCCUAAUAAAACAAUAAGGGGGGAGGAUCUACUGUCCUCCCCCCCUGGCCCCCACCCCUGCGUGGUGGGUGGGGGCCCUAAUAAAACAAUAAGGGGGGGGCCUACUGUCCUCCCCCCCUGGCCCCCACCCCUGAGCGGUGGGUGGGGGCCCUAAAUAAAGAUAUGGGGGGGAAAUUCAAAAGGACUUUCCCACGCUGUGUAAAAUGACUCAGAGCACUCUGAUUGGCUUAAACCCACCAAUCAGAGUGUUCUAAGCUUAUUGCAGGGCGGGGAAAGGCUUUAUAAGCCUUGACCCGCCCUGCGGAGCUCAGGACGCGGCGUGCCCUCGAAGGGCGAACAUGGAUUAAUUUUUUGGGGCGCUCGUGUUUUUUUUUAAGUGCGACGGGUAUGAUGGAUUUUUAUUUGGCCUUUUUGGGGGCUGAAGAAAGAAGAUUUUUAGAAAAAAGAAGACGUCAAAUGGUAAGUUUAAUUUUUUUUUUUUACAGGUUAGUUAUUUUAUUCCCCCCUCACUAUUUUUAGGGUGAGGGGGGUAGGUAGGGGAUAGGUUUUUUUGGGGUGGGGUGACUAGGGGCUUGGGACCCCUAGUCACCUUGAUUGGGGGGGGUGUUUCAUUUAGGGCCCCCACCCACCGCUCAGGGGUGGGGGCCAGUGGGGGAGGACAGUAGGUUCCCCCCCUUAUUGUUUUAUUAGGGCCCCCACCCACCGCUCAGGGGUGGGGGCCAGGGGGGGAGGACAGUAGGUCCCCCCCUUAUUGUUUUAUUAGGGCCCCCACCCACUGCGCAGGGGUGGGGACAGAAGUUCCCCCCCAUAUCUUUAUUUAGGGCCCCCACCCACCGCUCAGGGGUGGGGGCCGGGGGGGAGGACAGUAGGUCCCCCCCUUAUUGUUUUAUUAGGGCCCCCACCCACCCACCCACCGCUCAGGGGUGGGGGCCAGGGGGGGAGGACAGUAGGUCCCCCCCCUUAUUGUUUUAUUAGGGCCCCCACCCACCGUGCAGGGGUGGGGGCCGGGGGGGGGACAGAAGUUUCCCCCCAUAUCUUUAUUUAGGGCCACCGCUCAGGGGGGGAGGGGGGGAGGACAAUAGGUCCGCCCCACCUUUUUGUAAUUUAUGUAAUUUUUUUUCAACAGUGAGCAGCCACAGGCAUUUGGGAGAUUUGAAUCCCCAUUGUGCUAUUAUGGGGGUCAUAUUGACCCCCAUAGAGUGAGAGGGGGACCUGGGGGGGCUUAUUAAGUGGUGGGGAGCACUGCUCCCUGCUGCUUUUAUCGUUACAUAUUACAAGGAGGGAGCUGCAUGCCGGUAGCUCCCUCCUUGUAAUAAACUGCACGAGCAAACAAACACUGAUACUUUGUGUUUGUUUGUUCGGCUGAUAUUUCUAUUCACUCAUUCGUCUGUCUGAUGAAUGAAUGAAUAGAUGAAAUUCCCGUUCGCAUGUCCAGGUGUUUCACUGGGCAUGUGCGGGAAUUUCACAGGCUAUCUAGUGUGGGCAGGUGACGUGUCCCACAGGGACUUAAUCUACCCACACAAAGAUGGCGGCGCCCUGGAUAUAGAUCGGGGCAGAAAAUAAGGAUUAAAAAAUAGGUAAUGUGGGGGGCUUAGGGGCAUUUGGGGGUGACUAGUGGGUCAAUUGGAUGUAGUGGAGGCGGGAGGGGGGUUAAAAAAAAAACGGGAUUCGACAUGACAUUGCCGCUUUAAAAUAGAAACUUUACUUUAAAUAAAACAAACAAUAAAACAUUGUAGUUAUAAAGUGUAAAUGAAAUGUGGCUCAUAUAUAGUAGUCACUGAGUUUAUUUAUUUAUGUAACUUCCAUCAAAGUUUUACCACAGGCAAAAAAGUUUUUUCAAACUUUGGAGUAAUGAAGCAGUUUGGGUGUGUAGAUCAUGUCCAUGCAGUUUUACUUGAGAAGUUUGUAUCUCCUUCUUUUAAAAUGACCUUUAAUCAGAUAUAGGAGGCUCCUGCAUGGUCUAGCAGGCUAACGACAGAGCAGGAGAUUAAAAAAAAAAAAAAUCUAAAGUAGACAGACUGUGCAUUAAAGGAAGUUUAAACAUCAGCUCUUUCUUUACAGGAGGUUUUUAGGAAGGCUAUGUAGGUCACAUGCAGGGAGGUGUGACUAGGACUGCAUAAACAGAGAUAUUUUACUGCUAAAUGGCAGAUAAUUGAACAGUGAGACUGUAGUGGCAUGAUCUAUACACCAAAAUUGCUUCAUUAAGUUAUUUUGGUGACUAUAGUAUUCCUUUAAACCAAAAUGUUUCUGGAAAUAAGGGACCGUUACUCAGGGUGGUACCAAGUAAUGUACCAAUUUGUAUUUUUCACAUCAAGAAAUUUUGUUCUGUAAUUUUGUUUUAUAGAAAUUAAGAAAUAAAAUGGUACACGUUCACAUUUUCAGUAAUUCUUUUGAUCAAAUAAUAUUUGUGCUUUCCAGACGUGUUAGUUCAGUUUGUGUUUUUAUUUUUUGACAUAACCAGGUACACAAGGCCGUCUGCUGGGAAGACUGUUUUGUCUCUGGUUAUAUCUCAGGCAAACUCAUAACUUUUCUGUAUAAACCCUAAACUGAGCAAAGAAUAUCCUCAAACAUCAGAGUGUGAUCCAUCAAAGCGACAGUAAAGCCUCAGAGCAAAUAAACCUUAUAUUAAAGGCAGCCUCUGACUUAGUUUUUUUUUUUUUUUUAAAUAGGUCUAUUGUUGCAUGCUUGUAAUAUAACUCACCCAUUUCACACACUUGGGCACACUGAAAAUAUGAAACUGUUGUCAAAGACAACAUUUCUGCCCAGGAGGCCAGAACUUGAUGGACUUUCCAUUAUAUAGGAUAUAUAGAAAAAUGUAUUUUUCAGGGGCUGGGUAAGUGUUACAUUUUAACCCAUUUUUGCUGAUUCCUUCUAGUGUUAGCAUCUACUCUUCAGUAUUAAACCUUGUUAAAAAGUAAAACAUCUAUAAUAAUUUAGUAAGUAAGAGAUUCUUGUUAGCUAUACAUUUUAAGUAUCCUACUACUUAUUACUCUUUAUUCUACUAACUAGAUUCUGUGUCUUUUACUCCCUGUAAUGAUUGUAUGUAGUGGUUUAAAGGCACAGCAGGGUCUGGGUGCAAUGUCCCUUUUCCCUUAACCCUACAAUGUUAAUUUUUGCAGUUUGGUCGCCUGACACUGGACGUCCUGACGAUUUGCAUUAGGACAUCCAGUGUCAGUCAAAUCCCCAUAAGAAAGCAUUGCUGCAAAGCAAAUGCACAUUAGCCACCCCCCUCCCCUUUGUCGGGUGACAUUGGAGGAGGCGAAACGCCAACCCAGUGCUGAAGGAGAUCAGCGCUUGAGUCAGGUAAGUACAGUAAGGUGUUUUUUUUUUUUGGGGGGAGGGGGGAGUUAUCCUUGGAGUGAGUGGGAGGAGGGGAAGAGGGGCACAACUUUGUAUUCCUAGUACAGUGAUGGCAAACCGUUUUGAGCCCGAGUGCCCAAACCGCAAUACAUGCCAACUUUUUUUCCCUUAAAGUGCCAACACAGCAAUUAAACCUCAAUACUGAGGUUUAAGUUUAGAAAAAACAACUCGUACUGUUGUCCGAACUAAUUAACAACUUUUGUUUUAAAAGAACACAACAACAGAGAGUUCACUGAUACAAAUUUUAAAUAAUAAUAUAAAUAGAUAAAAUGAAGCUUAUAUUUAUUAGUAUCUCCAACACAUGCAAUACAUACACACACAGACUGCUAAAUACAUACACACAGUCUGCUGAAUACACAUACAGACAGACUGCUGAGUACACACACAGACUGCUGAAUAUAUACACACACAGUCCGCUGAAUACACACACUGCUGAGUACACACACACACAGACUGCUUAAUUCACACACAUACUGCAUUGAAGGGUGUAGUGUAUGUGUUUGUGUGUGGGGUGCUGUGUGUGUGGGGUGCUGUGUGUGUGGGGUGCUGUGUGUGUGAGGGUGGGGGGGGUGCUGUGUGUGUGUGUGUGUGUGUGUGUGCUGUGUGUGUGUGUGUGUGUGGGGUGCUGUGUGUGUGUGUGUGUGUGGGGUGCUGUGUGUGUGUGUGUGUGUGUGGGGGGUGCUGUGUGUGUGUGUGUGGGGUGCUGUGUCUGUGUGUGAGGGGUGCUUUGUGUGGGGGGGUAGGUGCUGGGUGGGGGUAGGGGUGCUGGGUGGGGAGGUAGGGGUGCUGUGUGUGUGUGUGGGAAGUAGGGGAGGGAAACUGGGUGUGGGGGAGGGGAGGGAUACUGAGGAGGGGUACUGUGUGUGUGGGGGGGUAGGGGUACUGUGUGUGGGGCUGGGGUAAAGGUGUUAAAAAAAACACAGUACCCCUCAAAAAAAACACACACACACAAAAAACACUGGUGGUCCGGUGGUGGCAAGCACGGCUUCCAUGUCGGGAGGCAGGGGGAGGGAUCUGUGAAGCAGCUCCCCUGUCCUCCUGUGCGAUACUGUGUGGAGCGUUGCCAUGGUAACAAGCGGCAACACAGCUUGCUCGCGGGAGGACAGGGGAGCUGCUUCACAGAUCCCUCCCCCUGCCUCCCGACAUGGAAGCAGAGUAGGCGCCUGCCGUUUUGGGCAAGCAGGUGUCUACUCUGCAUUGAUAGCAAACCUAUGGCCGCGUGCCCACAGAAAGGGCCUGUCGUGCCAUAGGUUCGCCAUCACUGUCCUAGUACUAUUGUGUCCCUUUACUUUUCACAGUAGUGCAGAUCAGUUAAUUAAAGAACACUGCAGCAUGUCUUAUCGUUAUAUUACAUUAUUGUCUGAAAAUACGUUAAGCCACAAAGAUCCCAACCUAAAUAAUUUUUAGGGAGCUAGGGCCAGGGAUGUCACCUUGCUUAGGGAAAUAAAUACUGGCUGUACCAAUUUGCAUACUUAAUUAUACAUGCAUUACAUCACACAAUGUAAAUCACAAGGAGUAACAUACGAGUAGAAAAAUACAUUUGGAAAGGGAAAAUGCUUUAAAGCAAAUAAAAUAAAUAAAACCAUUAACAGUUUGAUUCUGUUGUGUAGAGGGAUUGCUCUGCAGUUUGAGGAGAUUGGACUGCUCUUCUGUGUGGUCAUUCAAUUAACCCAGCAAUAGGCUGUCUGCGUCACAGGCAAUAUAUACAAAUACACAGGGGUUUAUUCACUAAAACUAAUGAAUUGCAAAAUGUAGUUCAAAUAGCCAAGCUAUGCCUAUACUGAAUGGGAGAAUUAAAUCUAAUCCAUUAUUUCUUUCUAUAAUUUACAAUUAAUGUUUCAAUUCACUACUUUUCACAGUUUAAAGAAGAAACCUAGUAGUUUUCUUCUGCUUCUGUUAGCCCGAUAGAGCACGCCUGCCUUCUCCCCUUCUUAAUGAGCAGUACUAGAGCUCAUUGAGAAACAUUGAAAAGCCACGAUCUUGUGCGACUGCAUCUGGCUCUUUUUUUCCAGAGCCGGCGUCUGAGUGUUUUACCACACAUAGCAGGGGAGGGGGACCUCUGGACUUCCGCACUGUACGCAAUGUACACUGGGAGGGGAAGCAUCUCCACCGCCUGCUCUGCAUAGGAGCACCAGGUGCAGUAUCAGACUGAUCGCGGGGUAGUCACAUUGUACCCGGUGCUCCUACGCAGAGCAGGAGGGGGAGAUGCUUCCCCUCCCAGUGUAUAGUGCGUGCGGUUCCCUUAUGGAACUGCACACAGCCUGGGGGCGCUCGUCGAGGGGGCGGCAGCAAACAUCACUUGUCAGUCUCGCGCAUGCUCCCAGCCUGCAUCAGAUUUUUGGACCCAUCAGGAAUCUGACCAUGCUGCGUCAGCAGACCUGAAGUGGGUCUAAAUUUCUGACUUGUUCCAGACUUCUGAUAAAACAUUUGUAUUGCUGGUAUUUUUGCAAUACCGACCAGGCAGCCUCCAAUACUGGCUGUGCAGGUAAAAUACCGGCCAGCUGGCAACCCUAGAACUUGGGGGAGGAUGAGUAACGCACUUCUUACUGUCUUAGUCAUAUGUAUUUUAGUCCCGCAGACAGGAUGUUGGAGGUUGCAUGUUGCUGUCCCUAUAAAAUUCUUGCAAACACUUCCAAGGACAGCAUGCCUGAGCAGUGAAAUGAUUGGUUCAGCAUGGCAGAUCUUUUUACAGUGCACAUUAUCGAUGCGUUAAUUAUUUGAAUAUUUGCUUACGUUUUCUUGCAUACUGAUAUUUAAAUGUGGCAUUAAUACACAUUUGCAAGGACUCAAGGUUAAGACUUCCUUCAUGCACAUUGUUAUGUCAUUGCAUGUGGUGUUGGCUGCCAUAUAUGAUGCCAUGUUAGAAUGUUAUUUGGCAGUGUCCUUCAUUAUGUGUGUCUACACCAUAAUCAAACAAAUAUUACAACUGUAAAGCAUUCUAAAAGCUCAGCAGUAUGUGUUGUAUUAGCGGCAUAUUGUAGCUGUUAAUUAUUUAACCCCUUAAGGACACAUGACGAAAAUAUUCCGUCAUGAUUCCCUUUUAUUCCAGAAGUUGUCCUUAAGGGGUUAAUGCUUAACUAUGUACAGAUGAUUUCUGCUUGCAUCUUGAAAUGUGGCUUUGGUUGAUUGUUAAUUUUGUUUUGUGCUUUGAGAAUGGCAAACAAGCCAAAACUGUCUGGUGCCAUGUCAUAAUGUAGUUUUCUAACUAGUACUCUUUAAUUCUUGGAAUUUGACAAAGCACGCAUGGGAUGAUCUAUUUUCCAAUGAAAUUUUGUGAUUAUAUUGUUUUGACUACAUUUCAUUAACAAAUUUACUGCUUGCAGUGAUUCUUUCACAGGACAUACAGGGAGUGCAGAAUUAUUAGGCAAGUUGUAUUUUUGAGGAUUAAUUUUAUUAUUGAACAACAACCAUGUUCUCAAUGAACCCAAAAAACUCAUUAAUAUCAAAGCUGAAUAUUUUUGGAAGUAGUUUUUAGUUUGUUUUUAGUUUUAGCUAUGUUAGGGGGAUAUCUGUGUGUGCAGGUGACUAUUACUGUGCAUAAUUAUUAGGCAACUUAACAAAAAACAAAUAUAUACCCAUUUCAAUUAUUUAGUAUUACCAGUGAAACCAAUAUAACAUCUCAACAUUCACAAAUAUACAUUUCUGACAUUCAAAAACAAAACAAAAACAAAUCAGUGACCAAUAUAGCCACCUUUCUUUGCAAGGACACUCAAAAGCCUGCCAUCCAUGGAUUCUGUCAGUGUUUUGAUCUGUUCACCAUCAACAUUGCGUGCAGCAGCAACCACAGCCUCCCAGACACUGUUCAGAGAGGUGUACUGUUUUCCCUCCUUGUAAAUCUCACAUUUGAUGAUGGACCACAGGUUCUCAAUGGGGUUCAGAUCAGGUGAACAAGGAGGCCAUGUCAUUAGAUUUUCUUCUUUUAUACCCUUUCUUGCCAGCCACGCUGUGGAGUACUUGGACGCGUGUGAUGGAGCAUUGUCCUGCAUGAAAAUCAUGUUUUUCUUGAAGGAUGCAGACUUCUUCCUGUACCACUGCUUGAAGAAGGUGUCUUCCAGGAACUGGCAGUAGGACUGGGAGUUGAGCUUGACUCCAUCCUCAACCCGAAAAGGCCCCACAAGCUCAUCUUUGAUGAUACCAGCCCAAACCAGUACUCCACCUCCACCUUGCUGGCGUCUGAGUCGGACUGGAGCUCUCUGCCCUUUACCAAUCCAGCCACGGGCCCAUCCAUCUGGCCCAUCAAGACUCACUCUCAUUUCAUCAGUCCAUAAAACCUUAGAAAAAUCAGUCUUGAGAUAUUUCUUGGCCCAGUCUUGACGUUUCAGCUUGUGUGUCUUGUUCAGUGGUGGUCGUCUUUCAGCCUUUCUUACCUUGGCCAUGUCUCUGAGUAUUGCACACCUUGUGCUUUUGGGCACUCCAGUGAUGUUGCAGCUCUGAAAUAUGGCCAAACUGGUGGCAAGUGGCAUCGUGGCAGCUGCACGCUUGACUUUUCUCAGUUCAUGGGCAGUUAUUUUGCGCCUUGGUUUUUCCACACGCUUCUUGCGACCCUGUUGACUAUUUUGAAUGAAACGCUUGAUUGUUCGAUGAUCACGCUUCAGAAGCUUUGCAAUUUUAAGAGUGCUGCAUCCCUCUGCAAGAUAUCUCACUAUUUUUGACUUUUCUGAGCCUGUCAAGUCCUUCUUUUGACCCAUUUUGCCAAAGGAAAGGAAGUUGCCUAAUAAUUAUGCACACCUGAUAUAGGGUGUUGAUGUCAUUAGACCACACCCCUUCUCAUUACAGAGAUGCACAUCACCUAAUAUGCUUAAUUGGUAGUAGGCUUUCGAGCCUAUACAGCUUGGAGUAAGACAACAUGCAUAAAGAGGAUGAUGUGGUCAAAAUACUCAUUUGCCUAAUAAUUCUGCACUCCCUGUAUUUAUGUGGAUGGUGUCCUACGUUAUUUGACCAUUUAUGUUUUUAAAUAUUCUGCUUUUGUCUUCCUUUGCUUUCAAGUGAACCUAUUGUCCAAAAUCAUGUGGCUGACUAGUUCUCAUUCAAAUAGUUCUAGAUAUAACAUAUCCAUUACUUGCCUUAAAGGACCACUAUAGUGCCAGGAAAACAAACUCGUUUUCCUGGUACUAUAGGGUCUUUAGGUUUCCCCCCCCACCCUCAGGGUCCCACUCUCGCCGGGCUGAAGGGGUUAAACUCUUAUCGUUCUCCAGUGCCGGGCUUCCUCGGCGCUGGGGAAUUCUCCUCCUCCUCCUGCCAACGUCAGCGCCGAAUGCGAAUGCGUGGCAAGAGCCACGCGCGCAUUCAAUCAGUCCAUAGGAAAGCAUUUCUUAAUGCUUUCCUAUGGACUUCAGCGUCUUCUCACUGUUAUUUUCACAGUGAGAAGCGCUGAAGCGCCUCUAGCGGCUGUCAGAGAGACUGCACCUAGAGGCUGGAUUAACCCUAGUGUAAACAUAGCAGUUUCUCUGAAACUGCUAUGUUUACAGCUGCAGGGUUAACACUAGAUGGACCUGGCACCCAGACCACUUCUUUGAGCUGAAGUGGUCUGGGUGCCUAUAGUAGUCCUUUAAAGGAUGUUACUCCAAGCACCAUGACCACUUAAUUGCUUAUGGUGCCUGGAUUCUUUAUUACUGCAUGUUUAGUUUGAAAUAAUGGACAUACUCUCUUAGCCAGUGAAUGACCAACAGGAUCAGCAUCUGGCUUAUUCGUCUAUGUAGAAUUCAUGUCACCAGGCUUGAUGCCAGAUGGACUCAAAAACAUUUUUAAAAAUAAUCUGUGUUUAGCGGUACUUUUACUUCUAAAAUUGUAGCUUGGAACCUUGCAGCGUUGGCUGAAAAGGGCACUUGCAUUUAUAAAAUAUAGGUUUGGGUUUAUCAACAGUGUUUUACAUGACCCUUGUUUUUGACAGGUUGAGGGGAGUAUGUUUUCAGCCUAGUAAGGAAUAUAUAUAUUAUAUAAUCUGUACCAUAUUUUUCCGUGUAUAAGACGACCCCUAUUUUUGAGCCCAAAAUUAAUAAAUCAAUAUUUUAAAUAUCAAAUAGAACAACUUUGAUAUUUUAAAAGGUGACUUCUACGGAGAACAACAUACUUCUGGUUCUCAUGCCUCCCAUGUGCUAUGGUACUCUGUGAAGUUAAUGGCUCCAUAGUGCAUGCUAGAAGACUACAGCUUCCACAAUACAGCAGGUGGUGUGAGGAUAUGCUGGGACAUCACAGUAGUAUUUCUUCUGCUCCCUGAUGCCCAUUUCCUCCCCCAUAAAUAUAAAUCAGAGAGCAAGACCUACCUGUGGUGGCGCAUACGUUUUAAUAUGGCUGCUCCUUUUAUGGUGUGGCAUAUCUCUGUAACUCCGUUAGUGCUGAUGUCUGCUGCAGCUCCCAUGCAUAUAGAGAUUUUUUCCUCUUUGCCACAGCAUUCAGAAGUGGAUCGGCAGGAGGGAGGCCAGGUUAUGUGUGUGGGCCAUGGCACACACUGAAAUGCAUCAGGCGCCAUCUUAACUCGUGCCACGCGCACAAGUGUUUAUUUUUUUUUUACCCCUGCAGUAACAUUCUGUGUAUAAGACGACCCCCAAUUUUAGACUAAAACAAAGUAGAGAGAAACUGUCUUGUACAUGGAAAAAUAUGGUAAUUUUAUUUAUUUUAUAUGCAGUAAAAUAUACAUUAAAGUUCCUGGAGUAUAACUGGUUAGGAUUCACAAAGCAUGUAAUUCCAUAUUGUUUUAUUGUUAUUAAAAGACAUGCUGAUUGAAUAUAAUUCUUUGUAUGUUUGAGAUAGAGAUGAGAUACACACACACACACACACACACACACACUUUGUUUGCUUUGGAGGUCAGUUAAGCCAAUAAAUUGUAUACAUAAGCAUUGACGUCUUGAGGUAUGUGAUCUUCAAGCACAUGUGCUGUUUAUAGCCUGGGGAUAACUAGUAGUCCUUGUGUGAGACUUUGCAAUGACACAGUGACAUAAAUAAUUGUUUUCUCAGGUCUAACAAAAAUAGAUGGCCUUGGAGUUGUUAUUCAGGCUGCUGUGUCUCUCUUCUCAUGUCCCAUAGUUUUCCAAGUCCUACCUGCUACAUCUUAAAGAGAGAGAAACUACACAAUAUCCUGACUGCCAAUGUCAGAGGGUUGGAGCUAUGUGUCUGAUAAAUUACUCACUUGCAUUCAGAAUGUCUUUACACAGACUUCUUGUCCAAAAACACUGCAUCUGAACACUCUGCAUGCAAAUAUUCUAUCCAUAAUAUCUCUUCCCCCACCCCCCUUCUCCCCUAUCAACAAAUACAUUACUGUGUUGUCAGAGACUGCACCUGAACAAGAUCUUGGCUUUUAAACUCUGCUUCACUGUUCUACUUAUCUUGUGUCACUGCAGUACGUUUUUUGUUGGCUAUAAAGCUGCCCAAGUGUAUUGCACUAUCCCAUAUUGCCCAAUCAUACUUUACCCUAGUUUACAGUUAUUAAGUCUUUAAAAUUCCUUCUGUUUGGGCGCGUGUUUCCGUUUACCAAUUUAAAUCAUUUACGUUUUCCAUUCUACCCUACUCUAAACUCACACAACCUGUCCUCACAUUGUCUGCUAGCCAUGUCACAUCUUCUUAUCCUAUAGUUUCUAUAAACGACAUAUUAAAAAUCAAUGUAAAUAAUACAUGUAAUUAUAUGCAGCAUGUCUCCACGUCUUGCAAACAGGCUAUAGCAGGCACACAUUAAUACAUGUGAGACAAUUCUGCCAGUCCUCCUAGGGCAUGGCUUUUCCAGUUUUCACAAUAUGUGGUUGGAUUUGGUAUUCGCUACACCCCUUGUAAGAAACCAUAGACUGUUUUGUCCUGGAUCCUACCAUCAUAAUAUUAAUUCCAAUAGAGAAACUCCAGGAGAAUAAAAAAAAAAAAAAAAAAGGAACGAUUAAUUAGGUUCAGUGUGCAGACUAAAUCUGCAAAGUCUAACCUUGACAUUCCAGAUGUUUGUCAAGUACAAGGUGAGCUGAACACCAUCGCAAACACCUGCAGUUGUUAUAUUUAUCCAUCACUCACCUUGUCUGUCUUGAAAAGAGAGCUGUGCAAUAUAAUGUGCCACACUUAUUGAAAAUGGAUGGAUAAUGUAUAUAUUUCUGGGUGCUUUUUAUAUGUUUAUUUUUAAAUAGUUUAUAACCAAGAUCAAAUGCUUUAGUUUUAUUUAAGACUCGUUUGGGAGAUUUGGUGAUUUAAAGCCUCGUUGAUAACAUAGAAUCUGCAUGUUGAACGUGACAUUUUAAAGCAGGAUUGCCACAUUUCUCUUAUGCUGAUUCGUUUACUGCUGUGUAGAUAUUUAGAGUUUGAGACACCACACUGCUAAUUACAUUCCACAACAGACAACAAGAUAAUUACAAGGGUCACUACUUGUACAACUUUCAAACUGCUCCAGUGCCCCCCACCUUUGUUUCUGAGAAGGAAACGAUUAGCCAUGUCUUCCUUUAUUGGAGACAUUAUGGUAAACAUUAGUUGGUGUAUAUUAUUGCUGUACACCAAUAACAUUGCAAUGUAUGUCUACAAUGCAAUAAAUGUGUUGGUGUAUGUCAGUGUAAUACAUUGCUUAUUAUAAAAUCAUGUUCUCCAGCUUUCUAGCUCUAUGUUCUAGAUUAGAAUCUUUACGAACAUUUGCCUUUGCAUUGGAGAUUAAACAAAGGAGAUAUAUAUAUAUAAUCAGCUGUUCUAUGCUCAUUCGCACAUACUACAAUGGAAGAGGUUUCCGCUCUGCUCUGGUCCUCCCGCCCCACCACCUGUUCCCUCGAUCCUAUUACCUCAUAUCCGCACUCUGUCUCCCUCUCUUGCUCUUCCUCUCACUAAAAUUUUCAAUCUCACUCUUUCAUCCAGCACAUUACCCUUCAAGCAUGCAACCAUAACGCCGAUUCUGAAAAAGCCCAACCUUGAGCCCAAUUCCUUAUCCAACUACCGCCCUAUAUCGCUACUGCCAUUUACCUCCAAGAUCCUUGAGAGUUGUGUAUGUGAGAUUGACAGACCUCAAAUCCAACUUUCUGCUUGACCUGCUUCAGUCUGGAUUCUGCUCUCGUCACUCUGUUGAAACAGCUGUGACCAAAGUAUCCAAUGAUUUAAUCACUGCUUAAUCUCGUGGCCAUUACUCUAUCCGAUUUCUCCUUGAUCUUUCUGCUGCCUUUGACACUGUUGAUCAUCAACAGCUUUUUCUCAAUCUCGGUCUACGAGAUACUGUUCUCUCUUUGUGCUCCUCCUACCUCACCCAGGUAGUAUUUCUUUCUCUGGCUCUGCCUCUUCUCCCCAACCCCUCUCUGUUGGCGUUCCCCAAGGUUCUGUCCUUGGUCCCCUACUGUUCUCUAUCUAUACUGCCUCCUUUGGUAAACUAAUCAGCUCCUUUGGCUUCCAUUAUUAUUUAUAUGCAGAUGACACACAAAUCUACCUGUCCUCUCCUGAUCUCUCUGCGCCCAUCUUGACUCGUGUCUCUGACUGCCUCUCUGCAAUUUCCAACUGGAUUGCUGCCCCUGCGCUCUGCCAAAGAUUUACGCCUAUCCUCUGUCCUUACAUCUGAUGCUUGCCUCCAGGGCUGCACCUGUUCUGUGGAAAUCCCUUCUCUUCUCCGUAAGACUUUCACACAGUCUUCACUCCUUCAAAAAAUCUUUGAAAACACAUUUUUUCAGGAAAGCAUAUCAUUUAAACAGUUAGCGAGUUUUCAUCUCUUACCACCCCCAUGACUCCUCUCCUGCAACUGUCAAAAAUAAUACUUUUCUAGCAACCUAUUUCAUUUCCCCUUCUUAUACCCUUUGUGUCACUAUACCCCACUCCCUCUAGCAUGUAAGCUCAUUGAGCAGGGCCCUCAACCCCUCUGUUCCUGUGCCUCCAUUUGUCUGGUUACAAUUACGUGUCUGUUAGACCACCCAUUGUACAGCGCUAUAUAAUAAUAAUAUAUAUGUCAAAGUACUGACACCUUUUUCUUUUCUUUUGUGUGGAACUGGAAAUUGUACACCCAGAAUGUUAUUAAUUUCGUCACUCGCAUCAGCUGUAUCGAAAGGGAAUCUUGGUGUAUGCCUAUACUGCUACCACUAGGAGGAACUGUGGAUUUAAAGAAGUAGUCACCAGGAGUGGGAGUUUUUGCAACAAAUUGUAAAGGUCAUCAAAUAAAAUGGUCACCUUUUCUUCUCUAUAUAUUUAUUUGCGUCUACUUCUUUGAAGAAAAUUUAGGUAAUUAUGCGAAAUUCCUGAAUAUUAAUAUUUAAAUCUAAGAAAUGUAUUUAAGUGCUGGAUUGUGAGGAUAAAAUUAUAUUCCAAUCAUUCUCAUUAAGGUAUUUUAAAAAUGCAUCUAAAUCUAUCAUUGAGCCCUUCCAAAUAAAAAAUAUAUCAAUGAAACGCGAUAGGUAACCAAAUUCGUUAUCCAAGCAUGGCUUUGGUAUAUGAAUAAUUCUUCCCAAUAGGCCAUGAACAAGUUGGCAUAGCUUGGAAUGAAUUUGGUUCCCAUCGCCGUUCCACGGAUUUGGAGAUAAGUCUUUUAAAACCAGAAGAUAUUAUGUGACAGGUGAGUGAGGCACAGUUGGAGGAGGGAGUGUUACAGGACUAGGAGAAGUGAGCGUGACAGAGUGACAGUAUCUGGAGGUGGGGACAGUGGUGUGUCCUGGUUUUGUGCUGCCCUAGGCAGGACAAAACUCAGGCACCCCCCCACUCCCACGCCAGCCCCACCCAACCCUUCCCCCCGCCCCGCCUUCUAAAUACACACACACACACACAUUCACUGACAGAUACGCAUACACACGCUGACAGAUACGCAUACACAUGCUAACAGACACACACUCUAACAGACACACACUCUAACAGACACACACACACUCACUCUAACAGACACACACACACUCACUCUAACAGACACACACUCACUGACACACACUCACUGACACACACACACACACUGACACACACACACUCACUGACAGACACACUCAGACACACUAACAGACACAAACUGUCAGAAACACACACUAACAGACACAUACACACUAACAGACACACACAUACACACAGUCAGACACACACUAACAGACACAUACACACUAACAGACACAGACACACACAUACACACAGUCAGACACACUAACAGACACACACAUACACACAGUCAGACACACACUAACAGACACAUACAUACUAACACACACACUAACUCACUAGCAGACACACUAGCAGACACACUCACACAGUCAGACACACACACACUCACAUUAACACUUUUUUUUUAAUUUACCCCCUCCUUACCUUUGGGAAUGCUGGGGGGGGUUCUCUAUCUCCCCGGUGGUCCAGUGGCUGCGGGCAGCGCUGGGCGGGCGGCUGGCGAGGGAGCUCUUCCUCCGAGCUGUACGCUCAGCUCCCUCGCGCGCCGCAGAGUGAGGCUGGGAGCCGGAAGAUGACGUCAUUUGGGGGCGGCAUUUUUUGCCGCCCCCUGGAAAAUGGCGCCCAAGGCAAAUGCCUUGUUUGCCUCGCGGCUAAAACGCCCCUGGGUGGGGAGGGGGGUUAUUUGACAGGGUCAGUGUGGCAUGGCAGGGGCAUGAUUAGUGUAAUAGUUUUGGAGGGCUUAAUGUGAUGGGGUAAAGGUGGAUGAGUGUGAUAGUGUAAAAAGUUGAGCGUGACCGGAUUAGGGGGUUUAUGUGAUGGGGUAAGUGUGACAGGAUCAGGAGGGAUUAAUGUUAAGGUGGCAGGGUGAAGUAGGUUAACAGUGUGUUUUUUAAGGUGGUGACAGUGUGUGUGGAGAGGGGAUGGGGGUGACAUAAUGUGGAGAAGGAGGGGUCAUACGUGUGGAGGGGUUUUCUUAUUUGAAAUACUUUUAAAAAAAAUUUUUUUUUAUGAUUUCCUAAUCCAUUCGCUGGUGGUCCGGUGGUCUGUUUAUCUGGUCUGUAGCUCCGCUGGGUGCAGAGCUGCAGAGCACAUGGUAAGUGUUUCACGAGAUCCAGUUGGAGCGUUGCCAUGGUAACCUGUAUCAAUGCUCUGAUUGGCUGGAGAUCGCGAGAUACAUCAUUCUGCAGCUCUGCACCCGGCAAACCUGCAGACUGACUGUAAUGCUGGCUCUCUCCAUGGGCAGACUGAGUGAAGGGCCUCACACCCAGCGGCAUAAUGUGCAAGCCACCUGGCCCCCUCCCUAUGUCGGGCCCUCUGUCGUAGAAAAGUAUUGUGGGCUUUGUAUAACAAAUGGGGAUCUGCAUUUUGGCCAUGCUUGUGCUAAGGGGGCCCAAAGAAAAUUCUUGAAUCAAGGCCCUCUCUACAUUAGUUCUGCCACUGGGCUCCAUCAAUAAUUAUUAUUUUGCGUUUGUGACUCGAUUGCACGGUGCUCGAGUGCGGAAUGCAUAGGACAGGUAGAAACAAUGGAAUGCUGUGUAGGGAAGGGGGUAGUGCCUUGGGUAGGGGGCAGUGCAGUGCUAACGCCGCUGCCUGCUGCACAUGCCAGCUUGUGGCAACUUGCCGUUAUAUAUAAUAUUUGAACCUACCUUUCUGUGAUUAGAGGCGUUUAUUGUUGUUAUCAAGUAUCCAUGUAAGUGUUGUUUUUUUUAAAUUUUUUUAUUAUUAAAUUAUUGUUUUGUUUAUUUGCCUACCUAACAAUUUAUGACGGGCUUGCUUAAGGUUUUCUAAAAAGAAAGCUUUAUUUCUUAAUACAUUGAUUCCAUCAUGGCUUCAACCUAAUUUCAACAAAAAACAGAACCCCAAAAAAAAAAAAAAAUCGCAGAUGAAAGAAGAGUAUUAAAAGAAAAAUGGACGGAUAAAUACUUUUGUCGAGACAAAUACUAAGGCACUAUGUUUAAUUUGUAGGGAAAAUGUGUCUGUUUUCAAAGAAUACAAUUUGAAGAGGCAUUAUACAGAAAAACAUGCUGCCAAAUUCUGAGCUAACCAAGCAAUGUGUCGUAAAGACAAAUUAGCGGAAUUGAAAAAGUCUGGCGUCCCAAAUUUUUUUUUUUUUUUUUUAGUUACAACUGAAAAUUACUUUAUUAUAAAAGCUAGUUAUGUUGUAGCAAAUCUGAUUGCCAAAACCAUUUACCGAUGGUGAGUUUGUUAAACAAUGCAUGGAAAGUGUGGCAGAUAUUAUUUACCCUGAUUUAAAAAAGAAAAAGAAAUUAUUUUAAAAAUCAGUUUCUCACCAGACAAUAGCCAGGCAAAUUGAAGAAAUAGAAAAUCUAUUGGCUUUGGCGAUAGAUGGAAGUACUGAUACUACAGCUACAGCUCAACUUGCCAUUUUAAUUAGAGGUAUUGAUAACAAAUAUAAUGCCACUGAAGAAAUGGCUUCUUUGUUGCCAUUAAAAGACACAACUAAAUCUCUUGAUUUGUACGAAGCGGUAAAAAUGACAUUAAACCAAUUUUCGGUAACACAUGUCAACAUAUGCGGUAUAACUACAAAUGCGCCCCGGCGAUGGUUUGUAAAAGUGAGAGACUUGCAAAAUUGAAAGAAGAUGAUGCAAUUGCCGAGGGCAACUCACAUUUGAUGAAGUAUCACUGCAUUGUACAUCAAGAAAACAUAUGUGCAAAGGCAUUAAAAAUGGAUAAUAUCAUGCAAAUUGUCAUCAAAACAGUGAAUUUCGGGGGCCUAGCCUACAGAGUAACUGACGAGACGUCUUUGCUGGACUCCGUAAAGGUCUACCAGAAAAUAGAAUAGAGAAGCAACUUACCCCAGUCUUUGGAGCCAGUAACUAACCCCAUCCGCAGCCAGAAACUAUGGGGCGCAAAAACAAAAAAGUUUCCGUUCGGAAGCUCCUCGCAUGCUGGACAUACGGCUCUCGUUUGAGAGACCAGUAGAGCCGCAGCAAUCUAAGAUGGCGUCGGAGGCCCAGUGCAAAUCCGAGGCACCUAAAGCUUCCCAAGAGGACGAAGAACCCCUCUCCGAGAUUCCGGGAAUACCUAACCCACAUCUGAGUUGGAGGAUGACUAAAGGAGACAUCAGAAAACUACUCGUGGACCUAAGGCGGGUCUGGAAAGAGGACCUACAGGUGGUCCAGUCUGAAAUUGGGGGGAUUCACAGGAAAGUUAGGGAGAUAGAGGCAAGAGAGGUCUACAGAGACAAAACUAUCCAAGAUGCCAACAGUAGGAUAAGAGGAUCUUACCUCACAGGUAUAGAAGCUGACCCGUACUGUUACCAUGAUUGAGAUGCGCCAUAGGCGUCGAAAUAUGCACCUCCGAGGCAUCCCAGAGACACUUUAUGCACAACCUUCUGUCCUCUAUAGGUCUGGACAGAGGCCUUGAUCCUUCCCAGAUCAUCUCAGCGUUCCAAGUGCGCAAGUCAGCUUCACACCAGAGGGAGCACCAAGAGACACCAUUGCCAUAACCCGGGACGUGGCUAUAAGGUCAGAGAUCAUGAACCGCUCACGGGCACUGGGGACAAUACGCCAUGAGGGCCAAACAGUGGCUAUAUAUGCUGAUAUCCCGUUCACAGUCCUCAUGGAAAAAAGGAGAUUGGCACCAGUAACCAGAAGGCUCAGAGACAGCUCAAUUAAGUACCGCUAGGGAAUGGAGGGAUCCCUUCUGGUGGGGGGGGGUGUGCUGAGAUGAGAGCCUCAUGCUGACAUCGUUGGGCGACCCAGGGAAUUUGCUAAGCAGCCUGGGACGGGCACCAUACCGGCAGAGACCUCCACAUCAUCACCCCAAAGACGCAAGUCCGAAGAAAACACUAAACACAGAUCCAUGUCCUGGCACUUAGAGCUGCAGUUAACCCAUUAGCCGCAACAAGCGAAGGGCCACUUGGGGAAGCCGCGCCUGUAUAGAAUAAUACACACAACAACACGCUAUCGGAAAGCUUAGCCCUUCACUCUACAUGCCCACAUACCAACAGACUCGCUGCAUAAGGGUGCGGGGAGUCACUCCAUCACUAAGUUUUGCUUGUAUCACUCAAAUACAUUACGAGACAGAACUAGCCUGACACUAAAAGCUUAUGUUGAAAUAAGAAUGUACAGUUUAUUAGCUAGACUUUCAUGUACAAAAAAAGUGCAAAUUGUUUUCUAAGACAAUGUUUUAUUGCUAUGUCUUGCAACGAAUGUUUUUUUAGUACAACCUACCAUAUACAUGCUUGUACAUGGUAUCUACCAAAAUAAAGAAUAAAUUUAAAAAAAAUGGGAAUUUCAUAAGGCCAGAGGAUUGAAUCAUCGCCAAUUCAAGGAGUUCCUUAAAAGUAUGGAUGUGGAUUAUGGGGCCAUCAUUUAUUUUUCUGAAGUAAGGUGGCUCCGUCAGGGUAAAAUGCUAAAAAGAUUUUAUGAAUUGCGCAAUGAAAUCAAGCCAUUUAUGGAAUCAAAAAAAAAAUUGUGCCAGAAGAUAAAAAAUGGCUCACAGAUUUAGCAUUUUUGGUGGAUUUGACCGCUCAUUUAAAUGAGUUAAGAAUAUGUCUUCAAGGUGAAAACCAACGUAUUACUGCAAUGUUUCAAACCAUAACAGCGUUUGAAAUGAAACAUAAAGUAUGGCAAGCUCAAGUUCUGGAAAAUAAUUUUAUACAUUUUAAUACGUUGGCUAAACACAGUCAUGUGAACAGCGAGAAGUAUGCAUCCUUGCUUUUCGAUAUGAUACAGGAAUUUGAGAACAGGUUUUAAGGUUUCAGAAAAAAAUCAUCAAUAUUUUGCUAUAUAUUUUCGACUCCAUUUUCAGUCGACAUAACUUCAUUGCCUCCAAAUUUUCCAAUGGAAUGCAUAGAGUUGCAGUCAGACAUUCAACUCAAAGAAAAAUUUGAUCGUGUCUCUCUGCUGGACUUUUAUAAGGCCUCUCUUCAUUUUGCUAACCAAUUUGUACUGUAUUUGAAGAUUGCAGCAUUUCAUGUCUGACUGGUGUUAAAAAAAAAAAAAAAACCACAACCCUAAAAAGUGCAUUAUCCCCAUUAUAGAAGUAGACAUUUACAUUGUAUUCUGAUAUUUGGGUGAAAGGGAAAAAAACUUACUAGCGGCAGAAUUCUUGGCUUUUUUUUUCUAAAAACACAACAAAAAAACAAUCCUCUAAAUAGACGAACGUUGCAUUUUUAUUGCACGAGAAGUCUGAACAUUUUUUAUGUCCUGUGUGUUGUAGAUAUUAGUACAGCCAUAUUAUCGACUGGACUACAAAAGUAAGAUGGCCGUUUUGCUGUGUGUGUAUGAACGCAUGUAUGUUUUCAAUAGCGGUAACAGAGGCACUGUGUCUUUAAGAAUUCCUAACUGAUUCCAUUUUAUAUUUUAAUACUUCAGACUAUUAUAGUUUUUAUAGUAAAAUCCGGUCUGCCUAGUGCAACACACAGGGAUGAGGGAGUCCGACUCAGAGUGGAUAGCUCAAUACUGAACCAGGACAGGGAUACACCCAAACCUGUCCAAAAGGAAUAAAAGACAGUAAUACCUUCAAGGUAGUGAGUUCAGGAGCUAGUUCACUAUAAUAUGGCUUGGUUGACAAUAUAAUAGUUGUAUCCGUUUCUAGGAUAACCAGUAUUGACGGAAAAAGAUAUAUAUGUAUGGUGUGUAUACCUUUAAAUCUCAGAUCUCAGAUUUAAAGGUAUACACACCAUACAUAUAUAUCUUUUUCCGUCAAUACUGGUUAUCCUAGAAACGGAUACAACUAUUAUAUUGUCAACCAAGCCAUAUUAUAGUGAACUAGCUCCUGAACUCACUACCUUGAAGGUAUUACUGUCUAUUAUAGUUUUUAGAUUGUUAGUUAUUGUAGGAUGUUGUUCACCUCUGCAAACAGUGUUUCAUCAUGCCUUAUGGUUUUAUACAAUGCUGUUGAGGUUUUUAAUCACCCAUCUUGUGUUAACAUCAAUUCUUUUCACACCUACUUCCAAGGCUGCUAGGUCAUGCCAUCUUGCACUAAAGGGGUUGAAUACAUUCAUUUAUAUAAACAUUAAUGCAAAUAAAUCAAAUAUAAAUGUAGGUUAAAUUAAUGUGGUGCUCCAACCAGACUAGAAAAGAGGAACAGAGGGAUUUGGGCCCAAAAUAGGGACACUUGGGAAGGAUCUGUCCAUGGUCUCAUCAGAUUUUCCCAGAAACUUGUGUAUGUAAUCAGCAUAGUGGUUUGUCUCCUGUACUAUAGAACGUAUAUUUCUAAAAUCAAUGUAAAGUUACAAUUCAUGCAGGCUAUAGGCAACAAUUUAAUCCUUUUUGGAACUAGAUUUUGAAUAUUUUUUGUCUGACUAUCAUACAUGUUGGUGUAAAAAAAAACGCCACAGCUAUUUUCAGCAUAGAUUUAUUUUAAGAGUGAAACCAAUGUGGAAUGUAAACAAACUGUAGAAUGUUGCCUAAUGAUAUGUGUUUUAGAGCUAGAGUGACACACAAGUUUACCUCCAAACAUCACCGAAGUUAAAGGGAAACUAUAGCUUGCCCGCGAGAUUGAUACCAAAAUGAAACGCUUGCUCCACUGAGUGGCACCUUUUAUGAGUAGCUUAAUUCUGGGGCAAUGGCAUGUUCAAUGUAGAGAGCUUACAAUAACAAUUCCAAGCACUUCUGUUGCGCAACUUGGAAUAAACCUGAGACUCCACAUAAGCAUAUAUCUCAACAACUCUUCAUCAUGCUGGUUUUCCCUCCAAGCCUGUCACUUGCUUUACAUCAGUGGUUUUCCGAGCAAUCCCAGAAGUCUAGAAUUCUGCGAUUUCCAAAUUCUGUUUUAUUGAUUAUAUUGGGAACUCUAGAAUGUUGGGAUUCCUUGAGUUUUUUUUUUUUUUGUUUGUUUGUUUUUUUUAGAAACCACUUGCUUACAUCAGAUUUUCUUAUUUUGUAAUCUGAAAAGGGUAACUAUAUUUAAUUUUUAGAAUAAAACACAACAUUGUUAUAGUACAUGGGACCUAUGCUGUCUGAUGUAAUCUUAGUGUGUGUCUCCAUCCAUUUAUUUAUAAAAUAUUUUACCAGGAAGGAUACAGUGCAAUUUCUCUCAUUUUCAAAUAUGUCCAUGUGCACCUUUAUAAAAGAUAACAUUUUUAUCAAUGUAUAUACAGUAUACAGUUUAUUACAUCAACAUUGAACCUUCAUAAUGUAGAAUUAAUGUACAUAUACAACAUUUUCUACACGUUUGCUAGCAGUUAUAGUGCUUUUAAAGAAAAUUUUACUUUCUUAAAAUUAUUUAUAUAAAACAGAUGAAUGCAUCUAGUGUAUAACAAAGAAAACAGAUCAAAAUCAAUCCGUCUAUUAGCAACUGAAAUAACCAAAGCUUUAAAAAUAUUGAAUACAAUAAGCCUGGAGCUAUUAUUUGAUUUAGAUCUGUCACCUGAUAUUUUCUUUAGAUAAAUGAGAUUAACAUAAUAUAACUGAAUAAUUAUACAUAACAUAGUAAGUUUAACUGUAAUAAGCACAUGUAUUUCCACAUGGAGGUGGUCAUAUGGGAAUUACAUCAUAGCUUGUUAACUAUCCUGUAUAGUUACUAUUUACAUCACACACAACUUUUAGAAUGAAUGAGAGAUCUGCAGCCAACCAGAACCUUCUUACCAGAUGAGAGGUAUAGUUUCUAGUGUCCUGCUGUGCCUAGUGAUGUUUGAGAUUACUUAUGCUAAGGUAUGGGUUAAAUGAUUUUUACAUUUUAUUUAUUUAUCGCAGUUUGCAGUAUUUAGCUUUCUGUUCUUUAGGACCUAUGGAUGUAACCGCUGUACUUGAAGUACAAAAAAUUGUUAUGCUUUCCUGAAUUAAAUUCAGAAUAUUGGCUGAUUUGUCUGUGUAUACAGACACAAUACGAGUAAAGGGUUUUCAUGUAUAUUUCUAUAUCCUCUUAUUUUGGUUAAGAAUCCAUUGUAAAUACUAGAGGAGGAAACAUUAGAACUUAAUUGCAGAGGUGCACCUAAUCUAUUUGGUGCCUGGGGUGGAGUUUUGCUUUGACACCCCUCUCACCCUCUUGUGUGUAUUUAUGAUCGCCCUUAAAUUGCCAGAAAUAUAUGGCGGUAUAUGAAGUUUUGUCCCUGUUCCCUCCAAUCACUAUAUGCCACUCAAGGGUCCUUUCAAAAGGCAGAGGAACAUGGAAACCCUCUAACUCAACCCUGCCACAUUAGGUGACAAUGCCUUGGAGAGGUGUACUGUGCACGUCACCUUAUGCCUGUCCACAGUGUGGACCCCCACCUUAUUUGUAUGCUACUGUGUAGUGGAUUUGUCUUCUGGUUAUCAAACACUUUACUAGUCUGCGUAUACAGAUCAACAACUCCCAUGGGAACUUCCCAGCCUCAUGGUUGGCAAAACGAAUAUACUUGUCACCUCUCAAGUACAAAUAUCACUACAUGGCUUCAUGUCAACCCCAUGUAGAUUUUAACUAUUCAUAUCAUUGCAGUGAACGCCUAACUUACCUUUACAGAUCAGACAUCUGUAAAAAGUAAGAAAAAAAAAAUAUUUUGGCGUUAAAGGGGUUAAUUAUGUUGAGCUAUGCAGUUGAAGGUCAAAUUCUUUACGAUAUAAGAGGGUGGAAAGUAAGAGAAAACGGUGUAUGUUUAGUAAUGUUUCUUGCUUGUUCCAUCUAUGAAUAACUAUAGAAUAUUAGCACAUAUUUGCAUAUAUAUUGCAUACCGAGAGCAAGGCCAUAAAAAUGGUGUUGUAACAGAAUAAUACAAUAAUAAUACAUUUAUAUUUUGCUAAACAAAGCCAUCCUUUAGAAAAUAUUACAAGUUACAACAUUCUCUGUGUAAGGCUUUACUAAAAUGUAUUUAAUAGUUUGUAUUGUGUGGGAAGCAUUGCAUUUGUUUUUCUAAUGUACAUUCUUGUAAAAUAUUUUUAUACAUUAUUAUUGUUUAAAGGAAUAUAAUUUUUUUUUUUUUUUUUUAAUGUACACAGGAAAAAAAUAAAAAUAAUCAUUAUGAGCCAGGAUAGCUGGAUGUGUAUUUAUGGUCAGUAAAACUUUACUUCAGUCAGCAAGAUAUAAUAUAAAUAUAAUAUACAUAGGUUCUUUCUUCUUUUUAAAGUUCAUGUCCUUCAUUGGCUUAGAUGAACAUCCAAGCACCAUAACCACUGCUGCCCUCUGUACUGGUUAUGGUGCCAAUAGUGCCCUGGCCCCCUCCCAUCAAUAGUACUAAAACUAUAUGAGAAGAAUUUGACAACUGAAUUGUUCCUCCUUCUGCCCCUGGAAGCUCAUGCAAUAAGCUAAGCAUGGUGAUACAGGGCUUUAGCGCACUGGCUGAGAGCGCUCAGCUGGCUCUUUGGACUAAUGGAAUCUCCUUGCAGGAGCUUUGGGCUCCCCUGGAGGAGGUGCUUGAUGAACCCCGGGUAAGUUAUCAAACAGUUUCAAUACCUACCGUUGGAGGGCUCAAGGGCACUCCUGCACCAUAACCACUACAGUGGACUGUAAUAAUGAUGUUGCUUGGAGUGAACCUUUUAAGCUCUCCUCUGUUUCUCAACUCGCACUACAAGGAACUUGAACGAUGAAUGAACUCAAGUUCCACUUAAGAAUAUCUGAGGAAACUAUUGAAGCUUUGGGAAGUGGAUUAGCAUUCUGAUAGUAUAUGACAUCAAACGUAGAUUAUAUUUGCCAUAGGGCAGGCAACCAUUGUGAAAAAGAGAAUUCCUGAGUUUAGGAGAUUGCACUUAUUGAGUACCAGGAGAUAAGACCAGAAAGAAAAGCAGUCCCUUGUAUUUUGCCCUAUGAAAUAUUUUUUGUAUAAAUUCACUUGUUUUGUACUUGCUUGAUCCUUAUUACUGACGGGUGUUCUGUACCGCAUUGUAUAAUAUCCAAAGUGUGGAUAUAUGCAUUAUAACUGUACUUGACGGAUACAUAAUGAAUAACUCAUAUCCUGGUCAGCGUAAUAAUGACUUGACUCAGCAAUGUAAGAAUGAUCACUGUUUGCAGUAUUUCACAGUAUGAAAUUCCUUCCUUUUGCAGGUUGAGCAUCUGCGGACAUUGGAAUUGCCAUCUUGGUACCCAGUUAUCAAACAAGAAGAUGAUGUUACCAACCGAACACAAAUGCUGCAUCCUAGGUAGGGGGGAUACGAAUGCAUUGCUUGCUGGCAUUGCUUUAUUAAUUGUACUCUUUUUAUUUAUUUUUUAUUACUCUUACAUAGAAUAAGCAAUACAUGUUUAGAAGCAAUCAUUGCAGGGAUAGGCAACCUUAGGCACUCCAGAUGUGGACUAGAUCACCCAUAAUGCUGGCAAAGCAUCAUGGGAGGUGUAGUCCAAAACAUCUGGGGUGCCCAAGGUUGCCUAUGUCUGCAUUAGAGUGACAGAUUUUUGAGUUUUUGAUUAAGAUUGUGUAAUGAUGGAUACUCACAAGAUAGAUAGACCCUUGAGAUAAAAUAUCAACAAAUUAUCAUGUGUAAGGGGUGCCAUUCUUGUGUUUCUUACAUCUGGCGAGAGCUGAAAAAUACUAAAAGGAUGGGUUAUGCAACUUUUGAUAAAAAUAGCAUUUAAUGUGUUUCACAUUAACUAUUACUUGGCUGCUACUAAUUGGCUUGAUGAUAAGUGUGAAAACACCUUUAAUUUUGCGGUAGCUGCACGUGUUUUAUAAUCUGGGUUUUUUUUUGUGUGCUGUGCCAUCUAGAUAUUUAGGGAAUACAUUUACAUAUUAUAUUGAUCACACAUGCUUUCUUUGUUAUGUGUGAUGCAAAAUAAGGUCAAAAGGUUUGAUGCCUGGGAAAAAUAUAUAGGACAAGUAAAAAUAAGUACAUAAAAAAAGAAACACCGCUUUUAAAGGAGUUUAGAUUGGUGUCGCUGUGUUUAAACGGUUAUUCAGCAUGUAUAACAAUGUAUAUUUCUUAAUGUAUGCAUAACACCGCAACCAUUUCCCACAUUCAAGCUGGACGUUGCUAAAAUGUCCCAGGCAAUAACGUGUAUCCCUUUGAAACAAAUGAAAAAAGCAGUACACAUGCUUUGGGUGUUUUGUUCACAUGCCAACACAUACAUGUUUGAAAAUAAAGAGAUACUAUAGGCAUCAAAACAACUUUAGCCUACUGAAGUAGUUUCAGUGUAUAAUUCAUGUCUCUGCAGUCUCACUGCUCAAUUAUCUGCCAUUUAGGAGUUAAAUAAUUUUUUGUUUCUGCUUAUGCAGGCCUAGCCACACCUCCCAUAGCUGUGACUCACAGGCCUUCAUGGAAAAAAUGGUUUCAUUAUCAAUCAGAUGUUAACUUGCUUAAACGGUUUUAAUCUCCUGCUCUGUAAAUUGUACUUGAAUCACAAACAGGAGGCUCCUAAAGGCUUUAGAAGGCUAUUAAAAGAGCAGGAGCUAAGAAAUUCUAAAUUAAACCGAAUGUGCAGUAAAGGAAGUUUAAACCUUAGGUGUCUCUUUACAGGAAGUGUCUUGCAAAGCCAAGUAACUUGUAGGGAGGUGUGGCUAAAGCUGCACAAACAAAGUAAUUAAAUUCCUAAAUGGCAGAGAAUUGAGCAGUGAAACUGCAAGAGCAUGAUCUAUACACCAAAACUGCUUUAUUAUGCCAAACUUGUUUUAGUACCUACAGUGUCCUUUUAAGCCAGUUAGUAGUAGAAGAUUCCUUCCUAUCCUCUCUUUUCCUACCUGCCCUCUGCUCUCCUCUCUGAUCUAUCCUCUCUGAUAUAUCCUCUCUUUUCUUACUGGCUCAUCUCCUUCUCCCAUUUUUUUUUCUGAUCACAUUUUCAUGAAAAUCUUCCCUUUUAUUCCUGUCCCUUUUUCUCUUUGCUUGCAUUGCCUCUCAUCCCUUUUGUUUGCUCUUUCUCCCUUCUUCUCUUUCCAUCUCUCCUUUCAAAUUAACUUUGCUCUGCGUGUGCAAGCACGCACGUGCGUGAUAGUUUCAUAAAAUGAUUUUAACCCCUUAAGGACCAAUCUUCUGGAAUAAAAGGGAAUCAUGACAUGUCACACGUCAUGUGUCCUUAAGGGGUUAAACCGUUCAGUCCAUAUGUUGAUAAUGUGUUUUAUAUUUUUCCAGUUACUAUCUGUACAUGUAUGACAAAGUUGUGGCACCAAAUGUAUCCCUCUCUGCCACGACAACACAAUGCAAAGACGUCAAAACUGUAAGAAGAGACACAGAACCCAGCAAGCCUUUACUGGCUGAAUCCGCGAAGCAGACAAAGACCAACAAACAUAAAUCUGCUACCUCAUACCCUGACCUUUCCAUAGAGGAGCAAGAGAGAGCAGAUCAGAAACCAGAUACAGUGAGCAGUAAUGGACGAAGUAAGUCAACCUUCCGUUGUAUUGUCUUCCCUGGAGUAGCAGAGUUAGAUACAUUGAUUAACAGCUUAGUUUUCUGUUGAUAUCUGUAGAUCUAUUUCUAAUUGGUUGUGUCCCCGGGCCUGUGUUGUAAUGUGUGUGAUAAAACCACUGAAAUGGAAUUCAUACAUCUUAAGAAUGUGUUCAGCUGCCGUAAUGCUUUGUGUGCCAGACUAGUGAUCUGCACAUUGGUUUGCCAUGUACCAUCCUCACUGGUGCACAGUGAUAAAUCUGAAAGUAUAUUUGUAGCCUUUUUCUCAUUUGAUUCCAUUAUGUGGAGGGAUCAAAGAUCGUGAUUUAAGCUUAAAGAUUUUUUCCCCCCUUUUCUAUGGAAAUGGCAGUGUUUGACUCAGGAGUUAAGUGUUUUUUUUUCUAUCCUAGAUGUUUGGAGAUACUGGUUAUACUACCUAAAGAGGAAGCUGAAAUGUAUUCCAAAAAUAAAAGAAAAGCUAGCCAAAAUAAAUAUUUCCCCAAAUCACUGUUGUAAUGAACCAUAAAUAUGAUGAAAUAAUAUCAAUAUAAUAUCAUGUAACACUGAUCCUGCUUUGCUUAAAUUGUUUGCAUUGAUUUAUAGUGGGUAUGCUGGAUACUUUAUGCAUUAACACACCUUGUUUUAAUCUCCUGUUGGUCUAUAACUAAACAGACCAGGGCCAUUACAGGACUUCUGGCUGGUGUCAGAUUAACCCUUCUCCCCCAGCAUGAGUAAACUGAGAGUGGGAGUCCUGCGGCAGUCACAUGCCGGCUAUUUCUAUCCACUGAGUUAUACAUUCUGUCCGCAGCAAUAAAAGAUAAACUGCUUGUCUCCAAGUAUUUGCAAUUUUACUGUUCACUCUAUAAUCUAAGGCAUAAAUUUGAAAAAGAUUUCAGCAAUCAUAGGUCAUAAAAGAUGCAGGGAAUGUAUUACUUCCAGCAUUCCCACUUUAUUGCAUUUCCAAUAUCCCUUUGCCAGGCAAAACCACUGUUUAAAUUGCAAUCUUGGUUCAUGGCUAGUUCUGAUUUAUCAGGAUGUGUGGAACUAACAUAUGUGAAGACAUUUAGCCUUACAUGUGUUCUGUAUCCAAAUCAUUCCUUUUUUACAUCCACUUCUCAAUAUCCACCUCUUCUUUCAAAUAUAUAAAGAGGUGUGGGGGCAUAGCAAGGGGAUGGAAGUGUGCAAGUUUAAGAAUGAAGGUUACAUUUCAACAGAGAGAUCCUUUAUACCUGCAUUCAUGGAAUCCCGACCUCGAUGAUCUGACAGUACUCCCGUAUCACGAAUCUAUUAAACUGCAAUAUUCCAAAGGUUCACCAAAUUGAUUUGAUAGGUCAGAACUAUCUAUUUUUUUUAUUCUUUAUCACCAUUCCAUAAUGUAAAGUACACAGCAAAUCACUGCUUUGGCAUGUUUCAAACCUAUAGGUUUAUCAAGGGCCAGUUCACAUUUAUAUUGAUUUCUCAUUGUCAGUUGGUGUGGACAUGAAAGUUAAGAGAAAUGUCGAUCUUUUGCUCUAUACCUAUCCCUACCUUUUUCUCCACCUUUUGCAGCAGCCGCCUCUUUUAUGCCAAUCCACCUUUGUGUAUGCCUGGUCUCAACUAUCGACUACUCCUUCCUAUUUUAUCUGCACCUCCUUUUAUGCUGACUGUUUUCAUAUCAUCUUUUUUAUGUGGUUCACUGUCAACAUUUUUGAGCCGCACUACUUACAUUAGAUAUGGUCACCAUGAGUAUCACUUGUACUAUGGAAUUUAUGGGACAGGUUUUUUUUUGUUGUUUGUCGCUGUGUGGAUAUGCGUAAACAAAAAUAUAUUUUUUUAAUGGUACAGCCAAGUCCCCUUUAUUUGCUUCUGUACCUUGUGUUGAUGACUAUCACAGCUAAUAAUGGAAAAAUAGACCUUUCCUGACAGGUUUCACAAUCUAUGACUUAAACCUUUUCACGUUCAAAACCAUUGUUAUCAGCUUAAAGAUAACCUCUUAUUUAUACAUUGUGCUUGUUAACCUUUUUUUUAGUCAGGGAGGCAUAUUACGUACUUGGCAUUUUCUUGGUGACCCAGUCUAUCAAAAUUUAAAGUUAGAUCCGUGACCUAUUCUUCAACUUCAAAAUUAGCUUGGUGCUGCAUACUACAAAUAUCAAAUUAGCUUUAUCAUCAUGUUCUACAGUUAUGUAACUACCUUGUACAACACAUUCUGCAAAUAUGUGACCCAUUCUGUAAUAUCCUAAAUUUAAGCAAAACACCUUAAUUGGACACUUACUAGUGUGAAAAUGGUCUUAAUCUCACUGAGAAAAGCAGUGCUGGUACAAACUAUAUUGUGACUACUUAGUUAGGACUAACAUGUGUUUGUUCAAACCAUUGGAAGCUUAAUGAAAUGACUAGAGCACCUAUUUCUGGCUCCCUAAGUGGACUAAAAGGUUACGGGACACCCUCGUGUUUUUUGGGCACCGGACAAGAAACCUUUUUAUAGGCCUGCAUCUGCCACAGUAGGGGUAAACAUCAAAUUGCAAAAACAAAUAUAAAAUAAACUAGUUCAAAUAAGAAACUAAAUUUGAUACUUUUUGCAACACACAUAUAUUUUAGAUUCUUUUGUGUAAUUCUGUUUCAGAAGCUCAAAAUUCACUUGUUGGUGUAUGAUCCACCUCGUGUCUGUCAUUAUGGCAGCUGAUGGCUUGGUCAUCUGAAAUUAUCCUAUAUACUACCAAGGUUACUAACCUUUGGAUUAUUUGGAAAGCUAAAUCACUUUCUAGCUAUAAUUAUCGGCUUCCUAUAUCUCCUUCACAAAAUUGGCCCACACAGAUAUUUCUAUGCAAUUUCAGCCAUUGUUCAUGUAAAAGGAAGCUUUUAACUUUUCUUUCAGUGUAGACUAUAGUGUAGCACAUUGCUCUUUUAUUCCUAUAUACCUUUGGGGCAUUCAUAUGUUCUUCAUAUGAUUAAUAUAGAUACUGUUAUUGUUCAUGCUGUGUUGAAGUGUAAAAGUCUCAUUGAGCUUCAUCAGUUACAAUGUUAUAUUUAUCUUGUUCCAGAGCCCAGUUCUGUGAAUGGGGAAAAGAAUGGUCCAAUUUGUAAUAAAGAUACCGUGUGUGAAGAUGACAAAGGACACAUUAUGGAAGAAGUUGUUAAAACAUUCCUCAAACAGCAGGAAAAACUAAAUUAUAUUCUCCAAAAGAAGCAGCAAAUUCAGAUGGUACGUCUGCUUUAGUUUUACCAAUUAACUUCAUAUGGUAUCUCUCCUUAUCAAGUGAGACAGAGGGGGGAAUAAAUCAUCUUGUGCAAAAAAAUGCUCAUCUUGUUAAUAAGUAUACUUAUUACUUAUAGUUAUAUGUAAAAUUGCACUGUAACAGCCUUGGUAUACAAAGCAAUAAGUCUGUCCAAACAUGGAAAGCGAGCAAGACGCUCACAAACUUAAUCCCAUUUGUUAAGCAUAUGUUUAGAGACGUGUCUGCACCUUUUUUCUGUUCCUAUCAUGUUUCGAAUGGAUCUAUCCUCAUUGGUUGCCCACUCAGGCUAUACAGCAACACUUCUGCUUUUUAGAAAGCAAUCGUAAUAUUAAACGCAAUAAUUGUUAAUGAGCAGCCUUUACAUAUUCCACGUGCACCUACUGCACUGAACACAAAGCUUCGUGGGAUACCUUAAGCUGGCCCACAGAAAGGAAUAAAAACACCAAGACGGUCACCAAUAUCUUAACUCUGGGUCCUGGGGAGUGUUUAAAUCCAUCUUGUUGUGUCCCUUUAAGAGCACCAAUUUGGCCAUUCUAAUUUAACCACUAAACACCCUCUCUUUUAAUUAAUUUUCUAUUUAUUGUCAGAAGAAGUCCAGUCCAGGAAUGGAGUGUUUGGCGUAAACAUUUGUAUCAUGGUAUUGUCAUUAGACCUCAGUGUGGUUAACAUAGCUUCUAAGCUCAUAUUGCUGUGUGAGAACCAGUCAUAGCCCUUAAUUCACACCUAAAGCAGAUCUACAGCCUCUGUAACCAACUGUAAUCCUGAAUCCUGUUUUGCAUGUUCCUAAAAAAAGUCUCUAUUCCAGGAAGUUGAAAUGCUAAGCAGCUCUAAAACCAUGAAGGAGUUGACCGUGGAGCAGCAGACCUUGCAGAAAGAGUUUGAAUCGUUACAGACAGAGCAUAUGCAGAAAAUGGAGGAAUUGUACGAUGAACAAAGGGACUUAGAGGAGAAACUGAAACAAGUCAAGAAACAAAAGUGUUCGUGUGAUUCAAACCCAGACAAAGACAAAGAAACACAGUAUGCAAACCAGGUACAGGUGGAAGAAUUUUAUGAUCAUAUGGAACAUGCAGUUGGCUUCAGUAAUCAAACUGUUUUAAUUCUUUGAGUGCCAGAGGGAUAGUCCACACAUCAGUAUGGCAUUCACAAUUUAUUAAAUGGGUAAAAAUUUAUUUUUUUGGUUUGUUAAUGGUAAUGGUACUCUUUGUUGUUUGAAAUACAAUCUGGGAAAUACUUUUUGCAAGACUGUUCCACUCCAUUCUUCAAUUCAAUUGAAAAACGUGAUACAUUUUCUUACUAAGCAGCCAUAUUUGAUUGUGUGACUCUCUGCAUUGUUAUUGCAAAUUAGCAGUCAAUUACGUAGCAUUUUAGGGAAUUGCAUAUCCAUUUAUAGAUUCUGUCAUUGGGACAAAUUGACUGAAGUGUCACAAUAAUAUGACCUGAAAUAUCUCCUAGUAUGACUCUUUAAAAGCCUAUUAUUCAGUAACUGGCACCCCAAAAACAUAACUACAAUAGCUAGAAAGAUAUCAUAGUAUAAAAGCUAAUAUUCGCAUUAAUGCAAUGUUUGACUAUCUUCUUAAUAUAUUUUGAAAAUACAAUGAAGUCUUGUUUUGUACUAGUUUUCAUUCUUUGGUGUAUUUGCUUUAUGAUCCUUCUUUAUCAUUUAUAUACCGUUUUUUUCUUGUUAGAAAUUGAUGCCAUGUUAACUACAGAUAAAACCAGAAGGUUAUUUAUUCAAGCUUGAAUUUUAUGACUGACAUUCAUUUUUGUGUGUAUUGGGUAAUUAGUAUUUAAUGUUUAGCAAGGUCUUAUCUUUCCUAUUCAGUGCAUUCGACACAAAAUUCUUUACAUAGCCCCUGUCAUUGUAUUGGAAACAUAACAUUUAUAUUUGUCCCAAUAAUGGAAUGAGUCUAUCGCCCCCACAAUUAACUUGUCAUGCCUUGACAAUCUGAUUUUCUGUUCUGUAACUACCAUGCCUUGUGUUUACAUUGAUGCAGCUGACAGAACUGCGGCAGAGACUGGAUCAGGCUGAGGCAGACAGACGGGAGCUUCAAGACGAGCUGAGGAAGGAGCGGGAGGCCCGAGAGAAGUUGGAGCUCAUGAUUAAAGAGCUUAAACUUCAGAUUUUGAAGUCGGCCAAGGCCGAUAAUGGGGAAUAGGUGACAUACAUUGCAGAAAAGUCAUUCUGCUUGAAACAGGGUUUGUUUUUGUGACCUGGACUGAAACAAGAGCAUCUCAUCCUGCAGCAUAAGGUGUUGACGUGAUGUGGUGAGCAGCCACCUUGGCCAUAAAAGGUGGGAAGAGACGGCAAUGUGCAAUUUGUGAUAACCUUUUGCUGCUGAUAGAUUCAUCAAUGUUUUGACACUUCCAGAUAAAACACACUCUGCUAUCUAAAAGAUAUUUUGUUUUGUAUGUUCAUCAUGCCCCCUGCAAUGUGCGGGAAAGAUCACUUAAAACAACAACAACAAAAAGAUCCAGGGAAUUCCGGGAUUCUAAAACAAACUGAGGGUAUUUGAAGUUGUAACUAAAUUUAUACUCCACUCAAAUCAAACUUUUGUGCACAUUUAUUUUGGCAAUCUGAAAAGGUUCGAGGUGGACCUUUUGCGCUAUAGUGCAUAUUUUUACUGUACUUUAGCUCCCUUUUGACGUGCUAAAUUGUAGAUGAUUUAAACAUUGUCAAAGUUCUCCAGCUCUUUAAUGCUCCAUAAUGCUGCUAUGACUUUUUUUUCCCAUGGAGAGAGUAUAUUGGCUAUUAUUUAAAAUGUUGUCUUGUUAAACUCUCUUGUAUACAGAGUCCAUUUUUAAAAUACAAAUCUGGAUUCACAGAUACAUUUUAUUUACCUGCAAAAUAAAUAGAAUGCCUCUGCGUUGGUGAAAUCAGGGCAUCUGGCAAUGGUUAUCUUCCAGUGUUUUGUAAACCAUUCUUUAUUGAAUGGAAACCCCAAAUUAUCACCUGAAAUAAAAGAAUCCACAAAGCACUGAUUAUCUAUGCAUCAGUGGCUAGAAUCCCUAAGUAUUCGUAGAGUAUCUACAUGCAGGGAAUAGAUUACUGGUAUGUUUGUCUAAUUUUAUUCAUUGUUAGCAACUUACCAUUAAAUGACUGGAGGGGAAGCUCUGCAUUCUGAAUUAUUGAACGCCAGACAGCAAGCCAGCAGAGAUGGGUGAAGGAAAUAUGACCUGCAUAAAUAUUAAGUCCAUUUCAGUUUCUACAGUGAGAAACCCUAUCUAGGAAGCAUUUCUGUUGUUCCAGAGAUAACUGUUUGGAAAUGCUGCUGUAGAGUAAGCAAUAAAUCACGGUGCAAUAUUUAGAUCACCGCAAUAUAUGUCGGCUGGGUGUAAUUUACAGACUAAUCUUAUAAACAGUGGUUAUACAAAACAAAAUUUCUUAAUGCAAAAUUGACCUGACCGGUAAUUACAAUGUAUGUUUAACUGGAAAAUAUUGUGACCAAUUGAUGCCAGCAAAAUGUUUUAAUGCUUAUUUGGUGAAGCUAUUAAAAGAAGAAAUUCAAAACUACUUCUACAAUGCAAAAUUAGGAAAAAUAACAAUAUGAAAGCUUU